AUGGCAAAGCAAUAUGGAAACAUUUACACCCUUUGGGCAGGAUAUCAACCCUUCAUAAUACUGUCUGGAUUCCAAGCAGUGAAAGAAGUGCUCAUUGACCACUCUGAAGAAUUUGAAGACCGACCACAGACUCCUUUCCUUAUGACUAUAGCAAACGGAAAGGGUAAGUAGUGAAGAAUGAGAAUUUCUGCUGGUACAUUCCCUGAAGAAAACAUUUAAGUGGCUGUCUGGAAAAAGAGAACAAAGGUUUUCUAAUAAUGUGGUACUGAACAGGAAAUAGGGGUUUUAUGCAGUGCCAGUUCUUAUCUGAGAAGACCCACUGAAAUUAAUGGGCAUGGCUAAUGAGGGUUUAUUAAUUUCCAUUAGUCUACUCUAACAAGUGCUUUAUGGAAGUCAGAAUUGUACUGCACUGUGGUUAGACUGAACUGCAGGUAGAAGCUUGUUUCCUGUUGCCGUUGCAAUGCAUUAACUGUCCUGGCCCUCAGCGCUGGAUGAAGGGCUUGAACUCUCUGCUCUUUCUGCUGAAGGCUUUGAUGCCUACAUCAGAUCAGAACAUUGCCAAGACACAGCUUACAAGGUGGAAUAGGUACAUAAGAAUAGGUAAUAGACACACAGCUAAAUGCUAGCUAAGAUGUUGAUCCAACUAGUGAUACAUCCCCCACACCUUCCUUUUGGAGAUUGAGGUGGGUGACUGGCAUCCAAGGACUGUGAAGCAAGUGGGCACUCCUUCAAAUGGGUUGGGCCUGCAAGGUUUGUUCAUACCUGGCAUCUCUAUGUCCUUAAUGAAGGAGACAGUGUUGGUGCCAGCUUGGCACCCAAUUUAGUCUUAGUCACCUCCUCAGAAUGGAGAGGCAACUCACUGGCAAUUCUAUUUUGCACAGUGGUUCUGAUCCUCUCUCCAGGUCAGUUUCAUAGAAUAGAACUGGGUGCUUGUAUUUCAAUCCCUUGGCAGUUAUGCUCUGGUUUGUCACAGUUUACCAUUUGGCCCCAAUUCGUUUUAACUUCUGCAUAAAGCCUUUGGCAGCAGUGAUUAGCAGAUUUGGGGCAAGAUGUCGUCAACGCCCAGGGACUUCUGGGGAGGCGCCUCCGGUAAUGGUGGAAUUCCUCUGACCGGGAGGAAUCUGCUCCGUGGGAAUCUGGGUCUGGCUGCCACGGCGAAGGCGGAGACCAGUUAAAAUCACAGGCGGGAGAAGCCUGUGAACGUGGGAUUCGGCGGGCACCUUUUGCGCCUCCCCCACUCGCGGGGAACCCCGGUUUUUGGGGCUCCGGAGCGACGUGGGGUGAGCGGCGCAGUGCAGCAAAUCGUCUGCUUCUUCCACGGAGCGAAGCCGCAUAGCUGUUGUCGGAGAGCGCUGACCUUUUCCUGUGGACAAUUUGACUUUAAAGUAAUUACCCGUGAGUAGAGCUGAAGCGGAAGAAUUGGAUUUCUAAAUGUUUAAUUUGGUACCGUAAUGGGGAGGUUCAAAACAGGAAGUCCGCCUCCCCCUUUUGUAAAUAGACUGAGGCAAUGAAGUUGCAAGCUGGAGUCCUGGAAGGUCUUUUGUAAAAGAUCAAAUUUCCAACGGUAAAGAACAUUAAACCCCCUCUUGGAGGCAGGAGAAGAGAGGGGAAAGUUGCGGAUUGAGUAUGCCUGCGGGAGAGAGCGAUGGGACUUAAAACACCGCCGCUCUGACCCUGGAAACGGGCUGCUAGUAGGACUGACGUCUUUUGGAAUGUUCAUUGACAGCGUUUAGAACGUUCAUUGACAGCUAGUUAAAUAAGAGAAAUACAUUGUUUCUACUGUCUCUGGCUGCUUUAAAAAGGAGUAAAAGUAACUGAAAAUUGAAACUAAUUUGAAACUAAUUUUGGAUUGUUUAAAAGAGGAUACUAUUGACUAUUACUAAUAGAAACUGUUUCCCCCUAGUGGAAGCCUUUGAAACCGGUUGCUUUACAAGAGCUGGACUAGGGGAAUUUCCAGCUGCAAGUUAAAAACCGUGAGACUCUGGGACUGACCUUGAAUCUUUUAAGUGUUAUGGUAAAUGGAAGAGGAAAAACAGACCAGUCAACUGCUGACAAAACAUUAAGGUCUGGAGGACUUGGUAACAAACCAGGAGAGGUCUAUCAUUAGGCCCUCCUGUUCUUUCUGUUGCUGUCUUUGUACUAGUAUAUUUAAAACCAAGAGGAAUGUCGACAGAAGAGGCUUUAGUGGCUGCAUUAUAUAAGAUAAAUGACUCAUUGGAUCAGCUUCACAGGAAAAUGGACAUGAUAAAUGCGAAAGUGGAUGUUUCAAUUACUAAAAUUAACUUAAAUACAGAAAGUAUAAAUAAUACCAAUAUAGAAAUCACCCAGAAAUUGAUACAAGAACCUAUUUUGAUAUGGCAAACUGUGGAGGAAGUCAUGGAAAAAGCUGUUGCUGCUGAAGGUAAAGUAACACAACUGGAGAGAAAGAGAAAGAGAGCCCCAGCCCUACAGAGGCAAUUUGAUGAACAUAAGUUGACGCUUGCUAUGACUGAACUUAAAGAAAAACAGACAAAUUUGAGGAUUAGAGUUCACCUUUGGUGGACAUGCCCAAGGAUUAAGACACUCUGGGAGAUGAUUCAUAACGAAAUGAAAAAGGUAUUUAAAUAUACCCUUUUGAAGAAACCAGAGGCCUUUCUCCUGGGCAUGGUCGGCCAAUUGGUGUUAAAGAAGGAUAGAAUUUGUUUCAUGUAUGCAACAAUAGCAGCAAGAAUACUCAUUGUGAAGUACUGGAAGACACAAGAUUUAUCCAUUCGGGAAGAAUGGCAGAUGAAGUUGAUGGACUAUAUGGAAUUGGCGGAAACGACUGGCAGAAAUCCGAGACCAGGGAGAAGAGCUGGUGGAAGAAGACUGGAAAAAGUUUAAGACUAUUUAUAGAAAUACUGUAAAAAUAAUGAAUGUUAGAAAAAUGUUGGAAUGAAGUUAUAUGGCUUUAGUAGAAAUGCUAUAAGGAAUCAAGUAUAAAUAGAUUAAUAGUGUAUUAAAGGGAAAAUAAGGCUAGAAUAUGUUAAGAUAAUUAUAGGAUAGAAAACAGAGGAAGAUGGAAAGGAAUUGCUGAAAUAAUUAAUAGAAGUGGAAAACAACAAGGGAGGUGUGAGGAGGUCGUGGAAAUAAGGGAAUGAAAGAUAAGACAUUGAAAUUGUUUUGUGUUUGAAAUGGUUUGUGUCUUGCUUUGUUAGUUUUAUGUUUUUCUUUUUUUCUUUUUUUGUUCUUUCUUUUUUUGUCUUUCUGUUUUGUUGUGUUUAAACGGUUGAAAAUUAAUAAAUAUCAUUUUUUUAAAAAAAGAUGUCGUCAACACCCUGAUGAUGCUCAACUCUAUUGCUCUGUAACAUCUGAAUCGGGAGAACCCAUGCAAGCUCUGGAUGUGCUGGAUAAGGUGGUGGGUUAAAUGAGGGCCAAUAAAGUGAGUCUGAAUCCUGGUAAGAUGGAGGCAUGUUAGGUGGGUGGUUCUUGAGUCUAGAUAAUUGGUCAGUUGCCUGCUAUGGAUAGGGCUGUACUUCACCUGAGAAAACCAGCUCAUAGUCUAGAAGUGCGUCUGGCUCCAUCUUUGUUGCCCGAGGCCCAGGUGACCUCACGGCCUUCUACCACCUUCAUCAGGCAAGGCAGCUUUGACUAGUAAGAUAGCUAAGGAUCAGGUUUGGCAACCUCCAUGCUAGAUUACUGCAAUGUGCUGUAUUUGGGGCUGCCCUUGAGGUUAAUCAGGGUGAAAAAUGAAGUGGAUCAACUGUUCAUGUGGGCAGGAUAUAGCCAACAUUUUAGCCACUGUUGAAAGAAUUCCACUGGCUGCCAAUUAGCUACUGGGAUAAGUUCAAGGAGGUGGUUUGGGUGUAGAAAGGUCUAUACAACUUGGGUCCAAGAUACCUGCAAGAUCAUCUCAUUCCCUUUAUACAUCGUCAAUCACCGUACUCCGCAGGUGACGGUCUCCUGAAGAUACCGUCUUAUUAAGAGUCUAGGGUUGCCAUAUUUGGAAGACAAAAAAGAGGACACAUUUGCCAACUUCUACUUUUAACUAUGGAUCAGACUUUUAACCCAACAUAUGGAAAGCCUAGCUUAGGCAUCCUCCAGUAAACUUUGUAUUGCUCAUUCAUAAUGAUUUGUGCUCAAUUCUUUCGAGGGUGUUAUAUCCAACUCCAUUUUCAAUUGUGCCUGCAAAGAAUUUGAGGUUGUCAUACUGGUUAAUUUCCAUUCAGUCAUAUCGCUUAACUUCCUGCUGAAAACCACAAAUGCACAAACUUGUUACAGUAUUGUCCUGCUUUCCCUGUUAUAUAGCUUCCCCACACAGUAAUAAUGUGGUAGCAUUCAGGAAGCAUCACAGAACUAACAAAGCAGAAUAAAUUGACCAUCAAUGCACUACUGUCAUGUCAAGAAUAUGCUGCAGAAUACAUCCUCAAUAAAAUCCCAGUCUGGCUUGGCCAGUAGAAAAAUAACUUGUUGACAUCACACAUCAGCCAAAUUAUAUCUUUAAAAAUAGUGUGGAAAACUUAGCUGAAUUGGGGUUGUGACUGAAAAUAACAGCAGGUGUUUACCACUAUGAGAAAACUCAUGUGAUAUCUGCAGGUUCAGUCUUUAUGGCAGAAAUUGGCAGAGCUGUCCAGAGAUCUCUCAUUUUAUGCAGGACCUUCUGGGACCACCUGAUUUCUGUUCUAUUAUCCAACAAAUAACCAAAACAUUUGGGUGAAUCACUAAUAAUUUUCUGAAUGACGACAGGAAAUAGAAAGUGAGAUUCUGUUAGGCAUCGUGUGAAGCAAAUAGUGCUUGCCUAUAUUGCAGAGAUACCCGCAAAACACACUGAGACAGACUUCACAUCGUCUUGUAAUUGUAAUCUUGAGAUACUGAAUAGCUUGCACAUUCAAGGGCAUGAACUUCAGUUUCUUUUUGAAUGGUAACUUAAUUGUAUCAUUAAUUUCUGUAAAGAAGAAUUUCUCACUGAUUUUCCAUAGGUAUUCCAUUUUCCAAUGGGCACACCUGGAGGCAACAGAGACGGUUUGGUAUUGUUACUAUGCGGAAGCUGGGACUGGGGAAGAAAGGCAUGGAGCAGCAAAUAGCAGAGGAGGCGCAUCAGCUUGUGGAGAUUUUUGCACGUUCAAAGGGUAUAAGAUGAGGGGUGAUGGUGCUGAGCUGGCGUAUGAAGACAUAUUUGUGUACUACCUCUGUCCAUUUUAGAAAGGAAUGUGAUAUGUUUUUCUUGGUUCCUAAUGGAGAUCACGGGUGGUGCUGUGGGUUAAACCACAGAGCCUAGGACUUGCUGAUCAGAAGGUCGGCGGUUCGAACCACCACAGCGGGGUGAGCUCCUGUUGCUCGGUCCCAGCUCCUGUCAACCUAGCAGUUCAAAAGCACGUCAAAGUGCAAAUAGAUAAAUAGGUACUGCUCCGGGGGGAAGGUAAACGGUGUUUCCGUGCGCUGCUCUGGUUCGCCAGAAGUGGCUUAGUCAUGCUGGCCCCAUGACCCGGAAGCUGUACGCCGGCUCCCUCGGCCAAUAAAGCGAGAUGAGCGCCGCUACCCCAGAGUCGGCCACGACUGGACCUAAUGGUCAGGGGUCCCUUUACCUUUACGUUUAAUGGAGAUCCCAGCAGUUUCUCUUGGCCACCAUGAAAUCCCACUCUCAGUAUGAACAGGAGCAGCUGAACUCACAUUAGUAGAACUUUAUUUUGCAGGACAACCACUUGACCCCUCCAUGCCCAUCACUAAUUCAGUCUCCAACGUGAUAUGUGCUAUGGCUUUUGGGCACCGGUUUGCUCUUGAAGAUGAAAGGUUCCAGAAGCUGAUAGAAGCCAUAGAUUUCUCCCUAAAAUUUAUAGGAAGCUUCGUUCAUGCUGUGAGUAGUCAUUUUCAUUCCUGCUGAUUCAGAGAAGUCACCCAGGGGCCUUACAUUUCCCACUCAGCAUUCUGGAUUCCAUUAUGAUAGAGAUAGACUGUUGGAGAAGUGAGAUGAGGUUUAAAUCUAAUCUGAGAUAAGGGCUAUUUUACAGCCUAAUCAAUUUCUUACCAUGAAUAUAAAAGAGAGAGUAAUGAAACUAGGUCCACAAGUUGGGACUCUUUGGAGGAAAGACAGGCUAGAAAUGGAACAAUGGCCUUCAGAACAAGUCAUCUAUAGCCCACAUAAAUGAGCAGAAGUGAGCAAAAUAAUUUUCUCAGGAAGGGAAUUACACUAUGGCAUAGUGUGGGUGGAGCCAGGCAGCCUGUGGCCCUGGAUGUGACCAGAUGCUACUAUGACAGGCUCCCUCAUGAUGUUGGAGCCAUGGGGAGGCAAGACAUCAGAUGAUUUCCCCUCUUUCCUUUCUCUUUCUUAACUGUAAUGUGUUUCUCUGUCCCCUUUUCUUCUGCUGGCUGCAUCGAGCCACCAAAAGGCAAACUUUAACACUUCUCCUUCCCAUCCUGCUGUGCUCCACAUCCCUCCCUCACCGGCUUCUGUUAAAAUAAGAAUUUUUUUUACCUGCCAAAGAAAAUCUCAAGCGGAACUGUGUUGAGAGGCAUGCUUUGCCUCCCUCCUCCUGAUCAGUUUCACCCAGAGCCUUGUCAAAUUCACCACAUUCUUCUUCAAAUGUCCCGUUCAAACCUUGGUAUGCAGAAAUGAAUUAGCCAUUGCCUCCCCCUUCUCUCUCUCCUGCCUCUUCCUUGCCUCCUGCUUCUCAUUACUCUGAGACCUCUUGGCUAGCAUUUAUUUAUAUGGGGAUCGGCUCUUUUCUCCACCCUCUCGCCUCAGAUUUCCAUGAUGCAAACCCAGGAUAUGUAUUUGUCUUAUUUAAUAUUAUUUGUUAUUGGGAACAAAGUUCUUGUAAGGAAAGGAAAUGGAAGAGACCCAACCUCCGAAGUGUUUGCUAGAGAGGUUUAUUCAGAAAAUGUAAGUAAUUUAUCUUUCAUGAGAAAACUAGGAAAGAGGAAAAGCUCCCUUGUUAAAGGUUUAAUAAUAAUAAUAAUAAUAAUAAUAAUAAUAAUAAUUUAUUAUUUAUACCCCGCCCAUCUGGCUCAGUUUCCCCAGCCACUCUGGGCGGCUUCCACAAAGACAAAAAAUACACUAAGAUGUCACACAUUAAAAAUUUCCCUAAACAGGGCUGCCUUCAGAUGUCUUUUAAAGAUAAGAUAGCUGCUUAUUUCCUUCACAUCUGAACGGAGGGCAUUCCACAGGGCAGGUGCCACUACUGAGAAGGCCCCCUGUCUGGUUCCCUGUACCCUCACUUCUCCCAGCAAGGGAACCGCCAGAAGGCCCUUGGCACUGGACCUCAGUGUCCGAGCCGAAUGAUGGAGGUGGAGACGCUCCUUCAGGUAUACUGGACCAAGGCAGUAUAGGGUUUUAAAGGUCAGCACCAACACUUUGAGGGACGCAGGUGGCGCUGUGGGUUAAACCACAGAGCCUAGGACUUGCUGAUCAGAAGGUCGGCAGUUCGAAUCCCUGUGACAGGGUGAGCUCCCAUUGUUUGGUCCCAGCUCCUGCCAACCUAGCAGUUCAAAACACAAAGUGCAAGUAGAUAAAUAGGUACCGCUCCAGCGGGAAGGUAAACGGUGUUUCCGUGUGCUGCUCUGGUUUGCCAGAAGCGGCUUAGUCAUGCUGGCCACAUGACCCGGAAGCUGUCUGCAUACAAACGCCGGCUCCCUCGGCCAAUAAAGCGAGAUGAGCGCCGCAACCCCAGAGACAGCCACGACUGGACCUAAUUGUCAGGGGUCCCUUUACCUUUACCUUUACCUUUACCUUUACCUUUACCAACACUUUGAAUUGUGCUUGGAACCGUACUGGGAGCCAAUGCAGAUCUCUCAGGACCAGUGUUAUGUGGUCCCGGUGGCUACUCCUAGUCACCAGUCUAGCUGCCACAUUCUGGAUUAAUUGCAGUUUCCGGGUCACCUUCAAAGGUAGCCCCACGUAGAGCGCAUUGCAGUAGACCAAGCAGGAGAUAACUAGAGCACGCACCACUCUGGCGAGACAGUCCGCAGGCAGGUAGGGUCUCAGCCUUCGUACCAGGUGGAGCUGGUAGACCACUGCCCUGGACACAGAAUUAAUCUGUGCCUCCACGGACAGCUGUGAGUUCAAAAUGACUCCCAGGCUGCGCACCUGGUCCUUCAGGGGCGCAGCUGCCCCAUUAAGGCCCAGGGAGUCCCCCACACACGCCCGCCCCCUGUCCCCCCAAAACAGUACUUCUGUCUUGUCACGAUUCAACCUCAAUCUGUUAGCCACCAUCCAUCCUCCAACCACCUCCAGGCACUCACACAGGACCUUCACCACCUUCACUGGUUCUGGUUUAAAAGAGAGUUAGAGCUGGGUGUGAUCGGCAUACUGCCCAAACCCCCUGAUGAUCUCUCCCAGCUGCUUCAUAUAGAUAUUAAAAAGCAUGGGGGAGAGGACGGAACCCUGAAGCACCCCACAAGUGAGAGCCCAGGGGUCUGAACACUCACCCCCCCACCACUUUCUUGACACAGCCUAUGAGAAGGGAGCGGAACCACUGCAUAACCGUGCCUCCAACUCCCAGCCCCUCUCGACGGUCCAGAAGGAUGUUACAAUCAAUGGUGUCCAAGGCUGCUGAGAGAUCCAGCAGAACUAGGAAACAGUUCUCACCUUUGUAUGAAUUUUUGAAGGAAGAGAUGGGCAUUUCUUGACUGGGGAACUGGGGAAUUUAAUAAAUAAAUAAAAUAAAAUAAAAUAAAAUAAAGAAAGAUAAAUUUUAAAACCGCAUUGCAAGAUUUGUAGAACUGCACAUUUCAAAGGAUGGCUGUGUUUCAAUUUGCAUAUUUGGCAAAUUCACUCUUAAAUGUCAACUGACUUGAAUGUCUCCCCAUCUGUAUUCUCUAGCCACCCCCACCUCCUAACAAAUGGCUUGGGAUUGUGCCCAGUUUUGAAUGAAGCCUGGGAGCUAGAAAAAUACGUUGACCCUAGUUUUCUUUCACAUAUUUGGCUAGAGAUAUUUCCCAGAACCAGUCAUUGUGAGAUCCAAGAGAAGCUGCAGACUCCUACCUUCUUCUCAGGAAGACUCAAACUAAUGUUUUAAGUACUAAUUCAAAUGAAUUGACUCAUGAACUACAUGACCAAGCUUCCUCAUGGUAAUGACGGCAUGUCUGCUAUCUUUCCUUUAGCUUUAUGAAAUGCUCCCAUGGCUCAUGAAACAUCUCCCAGGGCCCCACAAGAAGGCCUUGUCCUGCACAGAGAUGGUGCUUUCAUUUGCAAAGGAGGAGAUAGAGAAGCAUAAGGAGAAUCAGUCUCUGCAUGAUCCACAGGAUUUCAUUGAUUUCUAUCUACUUCAGAUGGAGAAAGUAAGUAUCUGCUUUGAAACUGAAUGCUGCUCAUCCAAGGAAUCAUUAUAUUCCCUUUUAUAAGUGAAUGCUAAUCUCUUCCAAGGACACCAAUAUUUUUUUUCCUGAAUCUCAGUUGAAAAUGACAUUGAGUUACUUUUUCCCAGAUUUAUUGGAUUAUUAUUUUUCUUAUUGAGUUGUGCAAACCACUAUUCUUAAUCAUUUUUUUAUUAUUAGGGUUGUGGGCACUGGAGAUCAGUUGAUGGAUCCAACAGGGCAGUGGGCAAAUACGUUUGAAAACCCCUGUAAAACUCAUGGGAACAUACUCACCACUGAAAUGUUGCCUGUGGUGCCCAAACAGUGAGAAUGAAGAGUUUGGAUUUGAUAUCCCGCUUUAUCACUCCCCGAAGGAGUCUCAAAGCGGCUAACAAUCUCCUUUCCCUUCCUCCCCCACAAAAAGCACUCUGUGAGGUGAGUGAGGCUGAGAGACUUCAAAGAAGUGUGACUAGACCAAGGUCACCCAGCAGCUGCAUGUGGAGGAGCGGAGACGCGAACCCGGUUCCCCAGAUUACGAGUCUAUUGCUCUUAACCACUACACCACACUGGAUCUCAAAGAAUGCCCAAAUAGUAUGAAUGGCCAACUCACCAAGUGGAUUGUGGCAGCUGUUUCAUUACACAUUACAAUGCAUAGCAAGAGGAUGCACUUUCACUUUCAUCAGCAGGGGACCAAACAAAUCCUAAAGAAAAUGUUCCUAAACUAAAUAUGACUUCAAACUCCUGCCUCAUUUAUUCCUACACUAGAAAGGUCAAAAUAUUUUUUCAUCUUGCCUCCUUGGAACAAUCUUUGAAUACUCUAUGGUGACUAAAGAAUGAUUAAAUAUGUUUAGUGCUAAGUAAUGCACAUUUUGAAUAUCUGCUGCCAGAGAGAUUCUUUUGUAUCCGUCUUCACCUGCCAGUGUUGGAUUAUUACCCCAACCCGCAGAUUCUCAAAUGCAGCACCAGCAGCUACCGCUGUGUACACAGGAAUGUGUACAUGGAUCUCUUGUCACAACCAGCUACGAAGCACAGGGCCGGCCCACCCAUGAGGCAGGCUGAGGCAGCUGCCUUGGGCAGUGGAAUGGCAACAGGAGGCAUCCUAGCCUGCCAGUAGUGGAGAAGUGGAGUGGUGGCAGCUUCCUGCAAGAUUUCACCAAACGCUUGCAAGAUCCCACUGUCCUCAUUGUUGUUGUUACCACAUUGUGGCACUGCUAUGUAACCAAAAUAAGGGAGGUGGCAGUGACAGCAGGGCAGUGGAGGUGGCACCUUCCUAUGUCACCUCAGGCAGUGUAAGAAGACACCUCACCCCUCAUGAAGCAUGUGUUGGUGGUAUGCUAAUAGGAGCAGGGGGAGUAAGAUAAAAUAAGUGCUGAAGAACAGAUUGUAAUGCAUGUAAAUGACAUGUCACUUUCCCCAUUUUCGAAAUCAGAGCAAAAACGACCCAGAGUCCACCUAUGAUGAAGAAAACAUGGCUUUUAAUAUUUCCGGGCUCUUUGUAGCAGGGACAUCCACAACCACCAGUUCUAUGAAAUGGGCACUUCUCCUCCUGGCAAGUCAUCCAGAUAUCCAAGGUGAGAGAGGGAGACCUGUGCAGGGCUUCUUUUGAUCUCUAGAGUGGGCUGUAAUUCUUGUGUCAAUUAAUUGUUAUUGAUUUUCCAAAAAAUUUAGGAAAUUGACGGUAAAUUAAUUCAAAUUUACAACAAAUUUAAAAGUUGAUUAUCUCCCACUCCCCGUUCAAGGUGUUAACAGCAAAGGAACGAGAGAAAAGAAACAAAAACAUACUUUCCCCAUCCUUUCCUCAAUUUCCACUGGCUGUGCAAAUUCCUGCUUAGAUUUUCAUUUACCGUAACUAUAACAUUUCUUCAGUUAUUUAAUGUCAGGUGCUGGUGGUGGUUGUUCGUGAGUAACCAGGCAGGACUCCAACCUGUCUUUUACAGGUUUUAUUGUGCAAACUAUUUACAGUGCAGAUCUAAAAAGUUCAUGCCCAUCUUAGUCACUUGCGUUUCACCCCUCUGCGCAAGCUGGGCGACAGAAGUAGCGUGUGUGCCUCCUGGCUAGCCAGGCUAAGUGAGGCGCUUGGGCUCUCAGCAGCAUCCUCGAGCCCUUUCCUCUCUUGGCUGGCCCCUUCCCCCUCUUCUCCACGGAAGGUGUGGCUUUCCCCACUAUUGGAUGUGGAACUGCUCCUCUGAAGUUUUGGUGGCUCCCUGUAUCCCAACGGUGCCUCUGCUUCCCUCCCCUGUUCCGAUGGCAGUCCCCUGACAUCCAACCCCCUUCAAAAAAACCUGCCCCAUCGGUGGGGUCUAGAGCUGUUUCCCACUCACUGGCGUUGGCAGGAGAGGGUGGGAACCCGAGGAAUGAAUCGUCGUCCUCCUCUGUGGAGUCAAAAACUGCUCCCCCCCGACCAUCCCGGCCCUGGCGGGAAAUCCCAGGAAGUUUCCUCCUCAUCAGAGACCUCGGCAACUUUGCCCCCUAUUCCCUUCCCCUCCCCUGAGGGUGGGAAUCCCUCGUAUUCCCUCUUGUCCUCUGUGGGUCCAAACACUUCCCCAAAAAACAACUUCGGGGGUUUGGGCUUGUGCAGGAAAAGAGUGAGGAACUUCUCUUCUCAGUCACGUACCCUGCUGGGAUCCAUGCAUUUUCUGAACUGGGAGCCCCCUCCCAGGCAACUAGGUACUCUACUUGGUGUCCGUUCCACCUAGAGUCAAGUAUCUCAGUUACUUCAUUACAUAGUUCCCUUUCUUCUAUGCUUGGUGGGGUGGGAACCCCCUGCUCCCUCUUCAGGAAGCUGUGCCCCUCCCUGUAAGGCGACAGCAAAGACCUGUGAAACACCGGAUGUAUCCUCAUGUUAUCCGGCAACUUCAGCCUGAACGCUACUGGGUUGACCUGCUGUGUCACCUCAAAGGGACCCAUGCUCCUAGGCUGCAGUUUCUUGCACACCCCCUCAGGGGCAGCCCCUGAGAUGACAACCACACUUUGUCCUCCACCCGGAUAACCUCCCCCAGUCUCCUGUUUGUCCACCACCUUCUUGUACACUUCCUUGGCUCUUUCCAGAGUCAUCUUGAGCUGUUGGUGCAUGGCCUCCAUCUCUUGUGCGAAUUGUUCUGCAGCUGGUACACUCCAUUCAUCCUCCUCCCACCCAGGAAAGGCCCUGGGAUAACACCCAUAAUUGGCAAGAAAGGGACUCCUCCCUGUGGACACAUGUUCAGCAUUAUUGUACGUGAACUCUACCAGUGCUAGCUUCUCCACCCAAUCGUUCUGCUGCUAAUUAAUGUAACAGCGCAAGUACUGCUGCAAAAUGGCAUUUGCUCUUUCCGCCUGUCCAUUAGUCUGUGGGUGUCUGGCUGUGGAAAAGCUCACCUCUACCUGCAACAAACCCAUGAACUUGUGCCAGAAAUGUGAGGUGAACUGUCUUCCAUGGUCAGAAAUUACCCUAGAAGGGACCCCAUGCAGCCAAAAGAUGUGGUCCAGGAACAACUUGGCGGUUUCCUCAUCUGACACCGCAUGGGAGCACGCCACAAGGUGGCACAUCUUGGUCAGCAGGUCCACCACCACCAGGACUGCUGUCUUAGCUCGGGACAUGGGCAGGUCCAUCAUGAAGUCUAUGGACACCACCUCCCAAGGUCUCCCCAGUGUUGGUAAGGGCUCCAGCAGCCCAGCUGGGGCCGCCUUUUCCCUCUUUGCUCUUUGACACAUGUCGCACCCUCGGACAUACUCCCGCACAUCCUCCCUUACCUUGGGCCACCAGAAAUCCCGCGUAACUAACAACAUGGUCUUGUGUUGCCCAAAGUGCCCAGCUGUAGGGUUGUCAUGGAGCUGCUUGAGGACUCUGACCCGCUAGGGUUCUCCCGGUACAUACAGUGCCCCUUUGUAGAACAACAACCCCCCUUUCUCCUCAAAGCCCUCAUCUGCUCCCAUCCCUCCUUGAGCUCCCUAAAUUUCCCUUGAGCAAAAUCAUCGUCUCUGGUGAGUCUAACCAGUUCUGCCUCCCCUGCCAGUGUUCCCUCACAGGUCCAUUUGUUCCGCUGGAACAUUUGUCUGGCCAUGGGGCCCCCUUCAUCUUCCAUGUACUCCGGCUUCCUGGAUAAUGUGUCUGCCCUCACGUUCUGCUCUCCAGGAACGUAGUGGAUCUUAAAGUCAAAAUUGGCAAAAAAACUCCGCCCAUCGAAUCUGCCUCUGACAGAGCACACGCACGGUGCGCCAAUGUUCCAAGUUAUUGUGGUCUGUCCACACCUGGAUCUGCUGCUGCACUACAAUUAGAAAGUGUCUCCACUGUUUAAAAGCCGCAUAAAUGGCCAGCAAUUCUUUGUCAUAAAUGGUGUAAUUUUGCUCCGAAUUGUUCUGCACAAGAUCUCCAAUCUCCCCCUGCGUCUUGUUGUAACAGGACUGCCCCGAUGGCCUUGUCAGAAGUGUCUGUCUUCACCCACAAGGAUCCACAUGCAACAGCUGCUCCUCUGACACAAAGACCUUCUUUAAGCUUUCUAAGGCCUGCUGCGCCUCCUUAGUCCACAGAAACUUUUUCUUCCCACAAUCAGUUAUAGGCACCGACAAAUGUGCAAAGUUCUUGAUAAACUUUCAGUAGAAAUUGCUGAAGCCUAGGAAUCUUUGCACAUCCUUCUUCAUCUUGGGGCUUGUCCAGUCUAACACAGCCUUCACCUUCUCCUGAUCCAUGGCAAGUCCCCUAUCCAACAGCCAGUACCCCAGGAACUCGACCUCACGAGCAUGAAACUGGCAUGCCACCCUAUCCUCAUCAUUGGCAAAUUCCUUCUUUUGUAAGUCCAGGGAAUAUUUAAUCUCAGUCUUAAAAGCAAGGUACUCUUAGGAGUUCCCGCCAAAUAUACUCACCAGUGCUGGAAUCCUUCUCCCCACCAGAGUUGCCUUGCUUUGCUGCUCCUGCAGUCUGCGCUCCUCCAGGCUGGCUGUGAGGUCAGUGAUGUGAGUUUCCAGCUCCGCAUUCCUCUGCAUCAGGGCCGCUACGUUCCAUGCCACAAUUUCCUCAGCGCCUCCGCCUGCAGCUCCUUGCUCUUCCAGCCUCCCUUUCUUCUCUAGACUUAUCGUGCUGCUCUUCCCUGCUACACGCAAGCAACCACAAUGACUUCCAGAUUGCUGUCAGAUGCUGGUGGUGGUUGCUUGUGAGUAAGCUGGCAGGACUCCGACCUGUCUUUUACAGGUUUUAUUGUGCAAACUAUUUACAGUGCAGAUCUAAAAAGUUCAUGUCCAUCUUAGUCACUUGCAGAAUCCGGGAGUGGCCCCUUCCGACUUCUCCCCCAACAUAAGAACUUUGGCACCCCAAGCCUCCUCCUCCCCUCCUUGCAUUUCACCCCUCUGCGCAAGCUGGGCUAAGUGAGGCGCUUGGGCUCUCAGCAGCAUCCUCAAGCCCUUUCUUCUCUUGGCUGGCCCCUUCCCUCCCUUCUCCGUGGAAGGUGUGGCUUUCCCCACCGGUGGACAAGGAACUGCUCCUCAGAGGUUUGGUGGCUCCCUGUAUCCCAGCGGCGCCCCUGCCUCCCUCCCUUGUUCCAAUGGCUGUCCCCUGACAUUUAAGUUGAGUUAUUCUUCCUUUAUCUAACCAUAUAAUCAUCAAUCAUAGUUUCAAAUCAUAUUUCCUCCAAUACAACUUAUUUGUCUUCCUUUAUGCGUUCUCAACACUCUGAAUAAUAAUGGUAAUUAUAUAAUCUUCUUUAACCCUAGCAUUCUCUUCAAACUUCACAAUCCUCAGAAUCAUUCAUGAAGACUCUUUGUCUUCUUUGUUAUGCUGUUCCUUUAAGCAAAAAAAGAAAGAAAAGAAAAGAAAGAAAGAAAGAAAGAAGAAAGAAAAGAAAAGAAAAGAAAAGGAAAGGAAAGGAAAGGAAAGGAAAGAAAAGAAAAGAAAAGAAAAGAAAAGAAAAGAAAAGCUUGACAAUAUCCAUUUUCCCAGACUGCUCUACCCUCCUUAACAUUAUCCCUACUAAGUACUGGAGGAAGAGUGAACCUUAUGCCUGUGAAACGUUAAAAUGUUAUCCUUAAUAUAUCCCCUCCCAAUAUUCAGCCAGGACCAUACAUAUCCCCUUCUGUCCUUCACGUUACCAGAUUCAUUCUUCUUUACAAAGCACAUUCAGUUUUUAUAAUGUAUCAACAACAUGAAAUUCAGGGUUACUUCUUCCUUUCUCUCUGAAUGCUUUGGACAUUGAGAGAACAUUCUCAUUCCAUACCAAGAACCAGAGGCGUAGAAGGUCAGGAGGUACCCGGAGCAGAAUUUUUUUUGUCAACCCCCCCAACAUUGAAAUUGAAAUCUGUCAAUGAGGGCCAACCCCCCCCCAAGAAAGCCGGACACCCCUAGGCAUGAGGCAGCUCCCUAUGUUACCAAAAGCAAUGCUUCAGCCACAGACUCUACCGUAGGGUCAUCUAGUCCAACCCCUGCAAUGCAUCUCAACUAAAGCAUCCAUGACAGAUAUCCAUAAAUAAUCCCUUCGUGAAAAUGAUUGAUUUCCAUCUGACUAGAAUGUGAAGUCUUUUUAUGUUAGAUUUCUCAUUCUCAUAUAUCUGACAGAUCAAAUUUAUCCACUAUUUCAAAAAAAAGCCUUUCGUAAUCUGCCAGCAUUCAUUUCGUUCUGUCUCUGUGUUCUAUCCAUAAGUGUUGAUGCCACUCCAUUCAGGUCCCCCAACAGAACCAAUUGGUAAUCCAGAUAGUCCAGAAGUCUUGUUUCCAGGUUCUUAAAAAACCCUGGUGCCUGUGAGCUUUCCAAUCUGAGUUCCUUAAUGUUUUCCCCCAAAAAACCUCAUUUUUUCUUCGACGGUCCUAAUUCUUUGUUUCCUCCUUUGAAAUUUGAAAAAGAGGCCCUCUGGAAGCUCCCACCUGAAGAAGAUGUUCUUCCUUCUCAGAGUUCCAGCCAAAUCUGUGUAAUUAUUCCUGAAGUUCAGAAAAUGUUUUGGAAUCUCCUUGAACAAAACAAUUGGCUUGUCUUUAAUCUUCAGGCUUUUUUUAUAGUGUAGACCCAAAAUAUUGUCCCUCUGUUUCUUUGUCUUGAAAACCACUAUACAGUCAUGUGCAAUUUUUGAGUCUUUCUUAGGCCCAAACCUAUAGGCCCUCUCAAUUCAAGAAUUUAGCUCAUCUUUUUCUAAAUCCCAGCGCUUUGCAAACUCCUCAAUUAGCCAAUCCUUAAGAUUAGCUUGUUCCAAUUGGGGGGUGCCUCUCACUCUCAGUUGAUUUUCCCAUUCCUCCAUCUGUAAGAAAGCAAUUACAUUAAGCACAUCCUGUUGGGUACUCUCCACAUCAGGCACUCUCACUGUUUCCAAUUCCUUCAAUCUUGUUUCGUGACCGGCAACCUGUUCCUUGACCUCUUGAAUACCUUUUUUUCAAAUCUACAAAUUCUUGUUUAAGCUCCUGUACAUUCUGCUGGGUUCCUCUGACAUCUGUUCUUAUUUCUGUUAGCAUUUGCAUCACCGCCUCUUCAAAAGUUGAUGCUUUGGAGCCUCUUCUAUCUUCAAUCUUACUUUCCCCAGGAUUAUCCGCACCACAAGCCAUAACUAUUCCAAAGUAUCAAGGUCACAGUCACAGUCAGUCAACAAGAUUUUUAGUAUACAGGCAGAAGCAGACAACUCAGCAGCUCCACCUUUCAAAGUCUUAUUCUUUUUACUCUUCUUAUUCUUUUAGAAAGCAUCCAAAAUUAAAUUGGGCACUUAUAUUCAAUUCAAGGAGGGUAAGAGAAACACUGUGUACUAUUAUACCAAGCUCAGACAGCAGCAGUUACCUUGUAAUCCCCUAAGAGGAAAAUGAAAGCUGAAUGUAUCCACUCCCUUUGUGACGCAAUAAUGGAGUCUAGCCUUCCCCCGCUGGGUGGUCCGCUUCCAAAAAGCAAGAGUCUAUUCCACUGUCAAAUGUAUCUCAUGCAGGGCCUCAAUUCAAUCAAAUUCUUCCCCCUUCCCCCUGCAGAAAGAGGGGCUUAAAAUGAUUCCUUGGGAGUUUUAACAAGACUUUCAAAGUUGCAGCUUCGGUCAGCGUUAACUGCUUUCACUUUUACUUCAGCAGAAAGCGAUCAACCUUCGUAAUUUGAAUCCGUUUCAAGUCAAUUAAUAGUCCAAAUUAAAAUCCUUUUUUACUCACGAUUAGCCAAUCUUCUAUAUUUGGUUGGAGAAAUUGGUCGCUAACGGUCGCCGGACUUUGGAGCUUCACGACUCAUGUUGAACUUGUGGCCCAGGACGCCUAGAACCUUUUCACAUGUGCUACUGGCUUUAAAAUGAUUUUUGUGUAUCUGGGGGGGGCACUGCUCCCCCGGCUAUGCCCAUGCUCAGAGCGAUGGACGGGAGCCCUGGACCACCGUCUUCUCUCUCUCUCAGCAAUCUAUAAUAUCACAUCAGAUCCAAUAGGGGCCAAAUCCACUAUCCAUAAAGGGUUUCUGGAGUCACAGCGAAAAGCUUUCUGAAAAGUGUCGUUCUCAUCUGGCAAUGGAAAAAAGCGCCAUUCAAUCUUAGUUUGAAAGACAUGCAUGAAUGAAACAGCAGGAAGCGUAAUGUGUGAAUGUAGCAUGGAAACAUGUACAAUGCUCUUCUUGUCACAUGCACACAUGCCAUCACAGAACUAGAGAAUUAACUCAAAAGGGCAACUCAGUGAUGAAGGGAGUGCAGCGUGUUCCAGAAGACAAGUGGUUGGUGCUUAAAAAAAUAAGCAGAAGAAGACAACAGGAGAGGAUGAGCCUAGAGACACAAGAGAAACUGCUAAAACUGCAUUGUGGGGGAAUAUGUAUUUUCCUCUCCUAUUAGCAAAACUUACUGUGUUGUAUCCAAAGUUGCUUAUUCGGGAGUAAACGCAGGAAAUCAUUGGGACACCCUUCCAGAGGGAAAAAAGCAAAACAAAAUCGGGUGGCAAACCGCACUCCUCUCAGAGUUAAAAAAACCCAAAGAACAGAAUAGUGUGAUUCUCCUCUCAGCAAUUCAUUUCCACCACCACCCCUUGAGUACUGGAGCGCAAAGACAAAAGAAGAAGAAAACUCCCCCCCCCGCCCCAGUUUGCCAAGUAAAACUCACAGGAUGAUUUACAGCUCACUGAAUCCCCCAACAAAAGCAGCAAAGACUUUGGACUGCUUGUGGCAGGCUUUUAAAUGAGGACUGAGGGGAAACCAAAAGCAACAUGCUCGGGCAAGCCCUGCAAAGACGCUCUGGAGGUGAUGGGGCGGGGGGGGGGGAGCCGCAGCUACACCUCUGCAGGAGCCUUUAAGGAUGGGACAUAGACGGGCAGGGAGAGCAGGACCUGGCCCACCUUGCAGUGAGCUGGGGAGGCAGGCAGGGGGACGGUGGUUGUCGAUGCUUUGCCACUUGUGCUGGCGUUGACUUGGGAGGUGCGGGGUGAGGGGCCCUGUGCCAAAUAUCACCCCCUUCAGGAUGGUCCCCGGAGCUGUGCGCCCCCUCUCCCUUCCUAUGCCACUGCUAAGAACUCAGCUACAUUAGACAGAAAAAUUUUCAAUGUGUUAUAAAUAUGCAACACCAGAUGGCACCAGAGACUAAAAGAAAUUUCUAUGCAAUUUUUACAUAGCUUUUUCUUUUCUUUUGUUAUAAUGAUUUAAUUACUGACUUAUUUAUAGUGGUCCCAGUCCCCCCCGUGUGUAGAUCCACCCCAACAAUUGGUGAGGCUCCUAAUCUUCGUUGUUAUGCAGUUCCCUUUAAACAAAACAAACUUUGGAUUAUCUGUUUUCCAUUUGAUCUUCUGGCUACCGCUCUAGCCCUUUAACACUGCCCUUGCCAAGUACUGGGGGGAGAAUGAAGUUUAUAUAUUCAAAAUAAAACUUUUGUUUCCGUAAUUUUCUUCAGAUAAAGUCCACAAGGAAAUAGAAGAUGCUUUAGGUUCUUCUCACACAAUCUGCUAUCAAGAUAAGAAGAAACUGCCCUACACCAAUGCUGUGAUUCAUGAAAUGCAGCGCUUUAAAUAUGCCUUAUUUAUGGGGUCUCCUAGGCAAUGUACAAAGGAUGUGAAGAUGCGUGGUUUUCUCUUUCCCAAGGUAAAGAAGAGUGAUACAGCUGCAUGCCUGUAUCCCAAGAGUCUAUGAGUAGGUUGCUGUAAAGGUUCUAGGGGUUGCUCGUGCGUAAAUCAGCGCCACACCUGGCUGGGUUGCCUGAGUGAACCCUUUCUGUCCGGACAGCCACUCGCCCGUGGCUGUCUCAAUCGCUGGCAGAAUCCGCCAGUGGGCGUUUCUUGAACUUCUUCCAGCAAAGAAGUUCUUUGAUGCCUAGUCUCCGCCUACGCUCCCUGCGUGGAAGCCUUCUGCGCAGGGAGGGUGUGGGCAGCGGAGGACCCGUGCUCUCCCCACUGGUCCCCGGCGAGGAGUCAUGGAGCCACCUCGCCGAUUCCCCCAUCUGCCCCCCUUCUCCACUGGUGCUACGCUGAUUUCCUUCCCCAGAAGAUGUCCUGCUUCUCUCCCUCCCGGGACACUCUCCGGAAUCCCUCUGGAGCCCUCCCUCUCCCCCUGGCUCCGAUGGCAGUUCCCUGACAUCCACCUCCUCCCCAGGACCCCCUCCACCCCCGGCGCGAUUUUCCGAUAUAACCUCGUCUCUUUCCUCGGCCGACGAUGCGGGGAAUCCCCUGAAGGAGCUGUCACCAUCCUCUGAGGAUUCAAAACCAGCCUCCCACCCGCUCAGAUCUCUCCCCUCAGGGUGGACUUCCCGGUCUGAUUCUUCUUCCUCUGACACCUCUCCUCCCUCCUCUUCGGAGGCAGGAAAACCCACAAAGUCCCCUUCGUCGUCUGUGGUUCCAAAUUCUUCCUCCCAGAAUCUCGCUAGUGGUUUUGGCUUAUCCGGGAACAACCUGUGGAAUUCUUCCACCAGAUACCCGUCAUUGAUUGACUCAGCGGGGACCCACGUGUUUUCUGACCUGGGUUCUCCUUCCCAAGCUACCAAGUACUCCACCUGGCGACCUUGCCACCUUGAAUCAAGUAUUUCCGUGGCUUGGUUGCGGUGUUCCCUCUCCUCUACCUGCGGGUGGGUGGUGACUCCUCCCUGCCGCCCUGGAAAUUCCCGCCCCUCCCUGUACGGUGAAAGUAGGGACCUAUGGAACACCGGAUGUAUCUUCAUGCUGUCCGGCAACUUGAGUUUGAAUGCCACUGGGUUCACCUGCUGUGUUACCUCAAAUGGCCCCAGCUGCCUCGGCUGCAACUUCUUGCACCCUCCCUUUAGGGGUAACCCUUGGGUUGACAACCACACCCGGUCUCCCACCCGUAUGGUCUCCCCCUCCCGACGGUGCCUGUCUCCUCUGCCGUCACCGCGUGUGAGCAAGCUAUGAAAUGGCACAUUUUUGUCAGUAGAUUGACUACUACCAUGACUGCUGUCUUCCCCUUGACUUGGGCAAAUCUGUCAUAAAAUCAAUGGACACCACCUCCCAGGGCCUUCCCGGUGUAGGUAAGGGUUCCAGUAGCCCUGCGGGGGCAGCCCUCUCUCCCUUUGCCCUCUGGCAUCGGUCGCACCCCCGUACAUAUUCCCGUACAUCUUCCCUCACCUUUGGCCACCAGAACUGCCUGGUGAUGAGCAGCAUGGUCUUGUGCUGUCCAAAGUGCCCAGCUGUUGGGUUGUCAUGGAGUUGUUUAAGUACCUUCCCCCUCAAGGUCUCCCCUGGUACAUACAGUGCCUCCUUAUAGUACAGUAGCCCUUCCUUUUCCUCAAACCCUCCAUGGUCUUCCCUUCCCUUCCCGGAGUUCCCUGAUUUUUGCUUGAGCAAACGCGUCGUCUCUAGUAAGCCCUGCCAGUUCUCGUUUCCCAACCAGCAUUCCCCCACCCACCCACCGGUCCUCGGGAAACACGUGUCGGAUCUCUGGUGGCCCCUCUCCCUCCAGGUACUCCGGUUUCUGGGAGAGAGCAUCUGCUCUUACGUUUUCCUCUCUGAUCUCGAAGGAAAACUUGGCGAACUCCUGGGCCCAUCGAAUCUGUCUCUGGUUGAGCACCCGCGUGGUCCACCAGUAUUCCAAGUUCUUGUGGUCAGUACAAACCUGGAUCUUGUGCUGCGCCCCUAUCAACAGAUGUCUCCAUUGCCAAAACGCCGCAUAGAUCGCAAGCAGUUCUCGGUCAGACACUGUGUAGUUUUGCUCUGACUUGCUCAGCUUCCUUGAGAAAAAGGCACACGGCCUCCAGUCCUGCUUGGCUCCGGGCUGCAAAAGGACCGCUCCAACAGCUCGGUCGGACGCGUCCAUCUCCAGUCUCAUGGGCUUCUCCAGAUCAACGUGCAGGAGCUGCUCUUCCGAUGCGAACGCCUUCUUCAGCCUUUCAAAGGAUUGCUGGGCACUUUCUGUCCACGCGAACUUCUUUUUGCUACUGAGACAAUCUGUUAUGGGCGCUGUCAAGUGAGCGAAGUUCUUUAUGAACUUCCUGUAGAAGUUGCUGAACCCUAAGAACCUCUGCACAUCCUUCCGGGUUUUGGGGGCUUUCCAUUCCAGCACUGCCUUCACCUUGCCUGGGUCCAUAGCUAGGCCCUUGUCUGACAACUUGUACCCCAGAAACUCGACCUCCCUGGCGUGAAAUUGGCAUUUUUCCAGCUUGACCCACAACUGAUGCUUCUGUAGUCUCUGUAGCAUUUCCCUGACGUCUCUGACGUGUUGCUUCUCAUUGUCCGAAUAGAUUAAGACAUCAUCCAAAAGGCUACGCAGUUCUUGUACAGCAGGGGCCCCAACACGUGGUGCAUGAAUGCUUGAAAGCAGGCGGAGCCCGAUUGUAAUCCAAAUGGCAUGACUAAGUACUCAAAAGCCCCCAGGGGGGUGAACAUGGUAGUUUUCCAUUCGUCCCCCUCCCUUAUCCUGAUUAAAUUGUAUGCCCCCCUGAGGUCCAGCUUGGUAAAAAUCUUCCCCUGCCUCACCUGUGUUAAAAUGUCGUCAAUCCUUGGCAUUGGGAAGGUCACGGGUUCUGACACCAGGUUUAGGGCCCUAUAAUCCACAACCAAUCUAGGCUGAUUAGUCUCUUUUUUGUCCACAAAGAACACCGGACUGCCCCCCACCGCCUUUGAUUCCCUUAUGAACCCCCUCUUCAGGUUCUUGUCAAUAAACUGCCGCAACUCCUGCAUCUCCUGGUCGGACAUGGCAUACAGCUUACCCACCGGCAACUGAGCCCCUGGGAGUAGGUUGAUUUGGCAGUCAAAGGGCCUGUGGGGGGGUAGUCUAUCUGCCUCCCUCUCGCUGCAGACCUCCUUCAGGUCAGCAUAUUGUGGUGGCACCUCCCCCUUUUGUUCCACGGCCAGCCCAGCCACUCUGGCCACCGUCAUUCUUGGGUUCUCCCCUCCCAGACAGUGUCCUAAGCAGUAAGCUGACCCAAAGGUGACUGACCGCUGAUGCCAUGACACUAUGGGAUCAUGCAGUGCCAACCAGCUCAUUCCCAGUAUUAUUGGGGGUCCUGCCAGUGUGGCCACGUGAAAGGCAAUGGUCUCCGUGUGCCUGGAAACCCUCAUUCGCAUUGGCGGGGUCUGGUGUGUCACUUCCCCUCCCAGAAGUUCCCUGCCAUCGAUGGUUGUCACCUGCAAAGGAAAAUCUAGAGGCAACAGGUGGAGUUGGUGCUCCAGAGCGAAGUCUCUGCUGAAGAAAUUACACGAGCUGCCCGAAUCCAGCAGUCCCUUAACUGUGACAGGGUGCCCAUUCGGGAGUUCUAGCACCACUUCUAUGGCUAUAGCUGCCUUGGGGGGGUCAGGCUGGGGCACUUCUAUUGGUUGCUGGCCUGGCUGCUGCCCCUGCUGGUUGGCAGCCAGGUGUUGGCGUUUCCCUGCGCCUGCCCUUCCUCCCCUUUCUCGUCAUGGCCUGCAGCCCCCACCAUCCCUUGCCAGGCCUUUCGUUGAGGGCAGACCUUAGCAAAAUGUCCUGGUCGUUGACAGAGGAAACACUUCUUGGUAGUUUUCCAGUCCUUUCCCUCCCUUUUACGACCUUCACCGGAGUUUGAAACCUCUCGCGCGCCAUCAAUUUCCAUUGGCUCCACCGCCUGGGAAGGCUCCCUCGGUAUCUCUGGAAUGCGGUAGUCAUGGAAAUAUUCCUCUCUCAUUUCCCGUUUCUCCUGCGCCUACGCUUCUUGGCGUACGCCUAUCGCGAGCACAGCCUUUGUGAGCUCGUCCAUUGACCGUGGGUGGGGCGCUCGGAACAACUUGUCUUUCACUUCGGGGGACAGGCCCGCCUCAAACAACAUUUGUAUCGGUUCAGAGUCCAGAUCCCACCCGAGCCGGUGGACUAACAUCGCAAAACGCGACCAGUAGUUUCUGACGGAUUGGCUCCCCUGCUUGCACCCCAUCAGUUCCCGCCGUGUCACGCUUUGCUCCACCUCGCUGGAGAACAUUGCGUCCAUUUCCUGAAAGAAUUUCUUAAGGUCCUUCAAGGCAUCAUUUUGCGUCACCAUUAGGGGCCUGAUCCAUUCGCGCGCCCCAUCCUGCAGAUGCCCCACAAUGUAAGCCACCCUCUCCCCGUCAUCAGCAAAGUCAUCUUUCUGCAGCUCCAAAGCGUACUGCACUUCCGUUCGGAAAGCAUUGUAGUCUUGGGGCUUUCCACCAAACUUGUGUACCAGCCCCGGUACCUUCCUUGCGAUGGGGGUGGUUCUGACCUGUGCAUCCUGAGCCCAUCUUUCCUCCAGCCGCGCCGUCAGGAUAGCUACAUGCGUCUCCAAGUCUCGGUUCCUCUCGACCAGACUCCGCACCGCAGCUGGUUGCUCCAUCUCUCCGGCUGUUCCUGUUUGGCUCAUCGUGCUGCCUCUCCUGGGCUGCGCACAAGCAACGUCAGGGACUGACGGAUUGCUGUAAUGGUUCUAGGGGUUGCUCGUGCGUAAAUCGGCGCCACACCUGGCUGGGUUGCCUGAGUGAACCCUUUCUGUCCGGACAGCCACUCGCUCUCCAGAAUCCCUCUGGAGCCAUCCCUCUCCCCCUGGCUCCGAAGGCAGUUCCCUGACAGUUGCAUAUUCAGAGAUGCCCCCAGCCAUGCAGGAACUUCUUGUGUAGUCUAAAACAGGAGUUCCAUCUGCAGACAUGUUUCACUAGUGCUAUUGCUGGGGCCAUGUGGCAACUCAGAGGAACAUGCAGUGGCCAAAGGUCUCAGCGAGGCCUUUUUGAACCAGGUGUUGGGGAGGCUCUGCUGUGUUUCUGCUUGUACAGAAAUAUUUUUUUAAAUAGAAAAAAGUUGAGGAUGAAUAUGGCCACUGUUAAAUACCCACCUGUCCCCACAAAACCCUGAGUUUCAAUUCAGUUUGAACUCUGCAAAGAUUUGUCCUGGGAGAGUGAGGGAGAAUCCUCUGUUGGUCUGAAUGCUGAUCUGAAUGCAUUCCAAGUUAAUUCUUUCUUCUUUGCAGGGGACUGCCAUUCUUCUUGAUCUGCGCUCUGUUCUUCUUGAUCCAACACGAUGGGAGACUCCUGCAGAGUUCAACCCAAAUCAUUUCUUGGACAAGAAUGGACAAUUUGUGGACAGAGAAGAAUAUCUGCCAUUUGGUGCAGGUGAAUGCAAAUGUCCAAGCUGAGUUGGGGUCUAUAGACAUGCUUAUUGGUUGGCUUCCAGGAAAUGACAUCAUCAUCAGCAAGAGAGUAGGGCAGAAUGGAUGCAAUAUCCCCUUGGCAGGAGUGGAACUGCUGGUCAGCAGGAUGGGGCAAGGCUGUUGAUAAUUUAGGGAAUUUCUGACUGGCUGAUUUUGGACUCACAGGUACCCAAACCCUUAUGGGGUUCACACUUCACACUUGCCACCCCAUUGCCCUGUCCCUGAGAGGGGUAACACUGCCAGCACUGCUGUUGCUCCCUGUCACACGUCACUGCUUGAUGCAUCCAACUUCUUUUCAGCUGACAAGGCUAAAGCUCGCCCACCUCUUUUCAUGGAAUAUAAUUUAGCCUGCUAUGAAACUAUACUCAGAAUUGAGUCUGCAGUUAAACUAUCCCACUUCCGAUUGAGGUUGAACCGUGACAAGACAGAAGUACUGUUUUUGGGGGACAGGGGGCGGGUGGGUGUGGAGGACUCCCUGGACCCUACCAGCCCACAGACUGUCUCACCAGAGUGGUGCAUGCUCUAGUUAUCUCCCCCUUGGACUACUGCAAUGCGCUCUACGUGGGGCUACAUUUGAAGGUGACUCGGAAACUGCAAUUAAUCCAGAAUACGGCAGCUAGACUGGUGACUGGGAGUGGCCGCCGAGACCAUAUAACACUGGUCCUGAAAGACCUACAUUGGCUCCCACUCCGUUUCCGAGUGUUGGUGCUGACCUUUAAAGCCCUAAAGGGUCUUGGCCCAGUAUACCUGAAGGAGCGUCCUCACCCCCAUCCUUCAGUCCGGACACUGAGGUCCAGCUCCAAGGGCCUUCUUGCAGUUCCCACACUGCAAGAUGUGAGGUUACAGGGAACCAGGCAGAGGGCCUUCUCGGCAGUGAUGCCUGCCCUGUGGAACGUCCUUCCAGCAGAUGUCAAGGAAAUAAGCAACUAUAAUACUUUUAGGAGACAUCUGAAGGAAGCCCUUUUUGGGGAAGUUUUUAAUCUUUAAUGCUAUAUCAUGUUUUUAAUAUUCGGUUGGAUACUGCCCAGAGUGGCUGGGGAAACAGACAGAUGGGCAGGGUAUAAAUUCUUCUUCUUCUUCUUCUUGAUUAUUUCACUUUCCUAACUAUGUCUAGUUCUCCAAAGUAUUAUACAGUAUAGCAUGUUUUAUAGCUGCGAAGUAAUUGACACUGAAAAGUAAAUUAUUACUCACUUGCUGUCUUUCACUUGUCCCAUCCUCAGGGUCUCGCAUUUGUUUGGGAAUGCAGCUGGCAAAGAUCGAAAUCUUCAUCUUCCUGACCAACCUGCUGAGAACAUUCAGCUUCCAGCUGCCAGAAGGAGUGAAAGAGCUCAAUCAAGAGCCUUUACUUGGGACUACAACACAUCCCCAUCCUUAUAUACUCUGUGCUAUUCCCCGUGGCAAUGCAAACCUCUGAUUUUGUUUAAAAGCACCAUUUUCCUCUCAGUGUCCCUUUAGUCCUACUUUACUCAAACUUCUGUCACUGCUUAAAACAUACACUUUUUCCCUUUUAGUGUAAAACCCAUCUCACAAUAUUCAAACCGGAUGGCAGCAUGCUGUUGGCCAUGUGAAGGUGUCAGUUGCUUGCACAUUUAUAUUUUCCGUUGCUUAAUAAGAGUAGAAAAGCAUAAGAGGAACUCUGCUGGACCAGGCAAGAUAGGACCCGUCUAGUCCUCCAGAUGUCUGUGGGAAGCCUCCAAACAGGAAACUGAAUGCAACAGCACUCUCCUCACUUACAAUUUCCAGAAAGUGAUAUCCAUAGCCACAGCGUAGGCAGAACACAGCCCUUGUGGUUUGUACCCACUGAUAGCUUUAGCCUCCAUAAACCUAUCUGAUUCUUUUUCUGAGCCAUCCAAGUUGAUUGGAAUCACUACAUCUUCUGGGAGCAAAUUCCAUAGUUUAAUGCUGCAGAAAUGUUGUAUUGCUCCUCACUUGAACUUAAUGAACCAGAAAGGGCGUGAGUCAAGCAUAUGUGUUAUGGUCAGAAGUCCCUUUGCCAGGGAUCAAUGAAGGUUUUGAUAGCAUAGUUAGAUAUAUCAGCCAGACACUCACAAGUAAAGGCCUUGGAAAAGCUACCUCCAUCUAUGUGAAGUGCUGCUAGUAAGCUUUUCUCAUUUGUACUAAUGACUUAAUAACAGUAAUAGCAAUAAUGAUAAUGAUGAUAAUGAUAAUGAUAAUGAUAAUGAUAAUGAUAAUGAUAAUAAUAAUAAUUAAUAAUAAUUCUCUUUCUCUUUCUUGGGCAGCAGCUGCUACUUUAAUUUUUUUAUUUUUUAUUUUGACAAAGUGAUAAUAAAUAAAUAAGAAUAAAAAUGUGCACCCUACCCCCGAGACCAUUCCAUUGUAACUAUCCAACCUCCCAAAAUUUCAACACCUCUUGUGAUAGUUUGACCCCUUUCUGUUUUAGCUGCACAAAUUCUACAAACACCUUCUGUGUCUCCUGCAUAUUCCCCGUCUUACCUUAAUAGCAUGUGUUAAUUUAUCAUUAAUAGCUAUAUAAGGGCUAUUGCCAUGAGGUCCUGGCUGAGGGCUUCCCAUGGGCAUUUGCACCGGGCCUUUUCCAUAUGCAAUUUUAUUUCAUGAAUGUAUGGUACAUAUUUUCCCAAUGUUUCUGGCACAAAUCAGUCUUACACCAGCCAAAAUUCUAAUUGCAAUUCAUAUUAAUCAGACUUCCUCUCAUCUGAAAAAUCACAUGAAAAAUGAUUAUAGUUUUUGACUGUAGCACAUGACUUGGGAUCACAUUCCAAGGCUACUUGGACAUGGUGUCAGAACACUUAUUCCUUUUUAAUAAGAGAGUAUAUAAAGAGAGAGAAAUGUUGAUUUCUCUGAGGAAAGCAAGAUCUCCUUAGAGAAAGAGUGUUGAACUUAACCAGGAAUCCUAAAAAGUAUCCAGGAGAAAUUGAAAGCAAGAGAAGGAUGGAAAUAGGGGCAUUUUUUAUUGUUUUGCUGGUGGUUCUUCUGAUUCUGCACUUCCUGAAACAGCUCUGGUCAAAUAGGCACUAUCCUCCUGGACCUCUCCAGCUUCCUCUCAUUGGAGGCGUGUGGCGGAUUGGGGUGAAGCUUCGUGAUGAUACUUUCAUUAAGGUACUUAUUUCUAACUCAGUCUAAUAUGAACAAUUGUUUUACCUAUUCCCCUUAACAACUAUGAUAUUUCAGCUUAAACAAUAGUAAGGGUUAAAACAGUAAAUGUCAUGGCCACAACCAAGCACAGAAUAAAAUGUGAUGAAACCCCUACAUUUACUGAAACUGAAUUUAAUUAAAAAUCCCCCAAUGUUCCAUUGCGAGAGAAGCGUCAUUCAUAUUCAGGUCACACAGAAUUUUUAUAAACUACUUUCAUGUGUAGUAAGGUCAAGCAAAAGUGGCUAAAUAAAAAUUUAAUAAAUGAAAAAUUAUACAAAAUAAACAUAUAUAUUUUAAUAAAUUCAGUGUACUAGGUAAUCUGAAUUUGUUCAUUCCAGGCACUCCUGCUGUGUUACGUACAAGGGCAUUAGUAUAAAAACACACAAAAGUUGAAAAUGUGCAUUCAGAAAUUACUAAUUGUUAUAGGAAUUCUAAGGUCUAAAAAAUAGAAGAAAUGUUGAUAAUUGAACAAGGUAAACACACAUACGUUAGUAUAUAAACCACAUGUCUAAAAUAGUACAGGAGAGCAAUCCAAAAGUCAUCUUGGCUCUCCUAAAGAUUCUCAGUAUUUUCUCUGCCUCCUUAAUCCCCCUUGCCUCAGAACACGUAGGCAGAUAGCAGUCAAGGGAAGUUCCUGAAGGGAGUCCUCUCCUAUAGCAAUGAAUCUCCUUUGUAUUAAUUGUCAUUGUUUGCCCAGAUGCUCUGCAUUGAGGGAUUCUGACAGGCAUAUCAAAUGCUAAUGUUUUGUGUAAACUGUGUCUGGAACUAUGUAAAACUUGCUAAAUACUCAGGAAUAUCACAUCUUGGCUUGCCUCAACCACAGUAACCCCACCUUGAGUGUGAUGUAAUUUCUGACUGUUUGUAGAGGGGAGGUCCUCCUUCUCCACACCAAAACGGAGCAAAUCCUUAAGAGAGAUGUUUCUUUUGGGUUCUGGGUCUGUCUAGUCUCCUUACAAGGAGUGGAGGGAACUCUGUUGCAACAGAAGAAAGAAAGAUCUGCCUUGCUUCCAUGGCACCCUGCCUCCAUCCAUUCAUCUCUUACCCAUCAUGGACUUAGGGGACUCAGUCCCUUGGGGAAUUGGGCAGCAAAAACCAACCACCCCUAUUUUUUCUAUAUCACAAUUGAAAAGGUAAGUUGUUGUAUACUCAGUGGUGGAGGAACCCUCUUCGUCACCUGGGGAGGUACGCUUAGGGGUGGGGUGAACCGCCCGGCAGCCCGAUCAGACUACGCAUGCACGGCAGCUCGUAUGGACACCGUGAGCGAGUGGCAGCUCAUACAGAUGCCGCAAGUGGCGCCCAUGCUGACUGCGCGCGUGCCCUUCGCUGCUCCACAGCUGGGGGGAGGCAGCGGCCCAACUUGGCACCCCCCAAGGUGCCACCCGGGGUGACCCAUCCUCUCUGCCCCCCUCUUCAUACGGCACUGUGAAUACUGUUACAUGUUAUGUGGAUGUUUAUAACCAACCAGAGAAUUAACAUGAAAAAUUUUUACCUCCAUUCUUUCAAAUCUUCUAGAGCCAUCACUCCUGGUGUAUAUGAACAUUAUGUUAAAAAAAAUAAACCCACAGCACUGACCACAAACACAUAAGAAAAUGCAUUUUAAAAAGAGUGAGCACAAAGAUCACUCUGCAUUCAUUCAUGGCAACACUUCAACAGAUACAGACCUGCAUAUGCUAUUCAAGACGUUAAGCCUGGAAAAGUCUUCAUCUUCUUCAUUGGAAUUACAAACACUUAAAAAAUUAAAAAAAGCAAUUCAAAGACUAAUACAGCAAAUUGCAUCUCUGCAGUAAAUGCUAAUCUCCAGGUAAAACCACUUCUGCAAUAAACAUAGGAGGUGGGGUUGCAGGCGUCACGCCCCUUCCCCAGAUUCCCCAGGCUGGAGCCAGCCCCCGCGAUACCUAAGGGAAUCUCCGCCCGUGUCAUACCCCGGGCCAGCCAGUUGGCUGGCUCUGGGGGCGGGGCCUCGGCUAUUUAAACCUGCUGCAGCCGAGGCUCCUCCUCUUUUCCUCCGCUGCUGCAGCUGACCAGGUUUUUCCCGCCCAUCCCACCCCUUUUUUAGGAUAGGUUCUUUGACGUUGAUAUGAACUACGGUUGGUCGCCGUCAAGGGGCCUGGUAGGAAUUUUCCCAAAUAACAGAUUGGCUCCAGCCAUUUGGUUUUCGCCUACCUCGUAGCAAACCGUCACAACUCUUCGGUAUUGGCAGUUAGGCAUUGGUAGGGGUACUGUCCUAUUGUUAUGCAAAUGUAUGGGGAGAAGGAGCGCCAUCACCUUUCCCCAGGCAAGGGUAGUCCAGUAAAGGAUUCCGGGGGCUGUGGCCUUCUCCUAAGCCUAAGGAGGUGUGGGCCCACAGCACGCCCCCAUGCGGUGACGCCCAGGGGAGGGCCUAGUUGACGUGCCUCAGGAGGACUCCUCCCCCUGGUGAUUAACCCUUCCGGCUUCUAGCCGGUUAGUAGUUAGGACCAAUGCCUAGGCCAAUACCGUUCAAUUCCUGUAAUCAAUAAAGUUGUGGCUUAAUUCGACCCAUUAACCUGAAUUCUUGUGUCCUGUGUCUUUAUUUUCUUGGGAGGAGGCGGGAACUCGCCACGCAAUACUCCCAGCAAGAGCAAAAGGCCAGGUCUGUGAAAUCAGCAUCAGAGAGUCAUUUAAAAGCACCAGCUGCAGCUGUGAGACUAAUGGCACUGAGACAGGAAGGUGCACAGGCUGAUCCUGCUACCACUUACUAGUCAACACUUCUCAUAGAGAAAAUGCAACAACAUUUUGGCAUGUGUAUUUUCCUGAUUUCACCUGGCUCCCCAUGAUGUAAUUAUCUUACUUUAUAUGUUUUUGUGCUUUUCAUUAUUAAUCAGAUUCUUGUCCUUUUAUAUUAGUUUCUAUAUUAUUAUUAUGUGUGUUGUUUGUAUCUGCAGGAUGAAGGAGGCUUAAAUCUGAAAGACACCACACUACACCACAUUAGCUGAGCUAAUGAAAUAGUUUAUUGCAAUAUACUCUGGAGCUUGUCCUCCCACUCUUCCCAUGUGUGAUGCAACAUGGCCCAGAAUGCUAUGCACUUCUCCUCUUCCAACAGAUGGAUGGACACCAAGUUCACUUGGCAGUGUAGCAGGAGAUCAUUCUCAGGAAAGCCAUGGGACUUUUGUAGCUCAUAUGUAGCCAGGGAAGACACGAGACAAUAUUUAAUUUGUUUGUUUGUUUAAUACAUUUGUAAGCCAAAUUAUUCAGACAGGUAUUGCUUAAUUCCUUACCACUUAAUUCCAUCCUCUUCUUAAUUCCUUACCACAUAUUUGGUGGCUCAACAACUUUGGACUACCCUGCCUAAAAUGUCAAUGUGCGGGGGUGACAAAAGAAAUUCUGCACCAGGUACCACCUGACCUUGCUACGCCUCUGCUGUUGUGACCCACCGUGGGUCAUAAACCUGACCCAGUGCUCUAGCCAAGCUUAUACCAACUUGAUACCCUCCAGACUACAAUGCCCAUCUGCCCCAACCAGCAUGGCCAAUGGUCAGGGAUGAUGGGAGUUGCAGUCCAACACUAUCUGGUGGGCUCCAGUUUCCACAUCCCUGCACAAAAUGGUUUUAUGGUGAUGAUGAAGAAGCCUCUGGCAAUGGCUGGCUCAUCUACUUGCCUGUCACCAGAUGGCUGGAGACUAUGAAGUGCCUCUCUGCUGCUCUGAUCCCACGCAGGGAAAAAACAAGCAGGAGGGAGUAAAACAAAUGGGUUGGAAUGAAGGAAGGAACGAAAGAAAGAAAAGAAGAUGCUGGCAAGAGAGGAAAAUAUAGUGAGAUGCUUAAGAGGUGAGGAAGGCUGAAGAUCACAUAUUAGGUUGAAAUAACUAUCUGAACAUAGCAUUCCUCUUCUCUCUUUUGACCCAAAUGGUAGAUGGCAAAGCAAUAUGGAAACAUUUACACCCUUUGGGCAGGAUAUCAACCCUUCAUAAUACUGUCUGGAUUCCAAGCAGUGAAAGAAGCGCUCAUUGACCACUCUGAAGAACUUGAAGACCGACCACAGACUCCCUUCCUUAUGGCUAUGACAAAAGGAAAAGGUAGGUAAUGAGAAUUUCUGCUGGUACUUUCCCCGAAGAAAAACAUUUAAGUGGCUGUCUGGAAAAAGAGAACAAAGGUUUUCUAUUAAUGUUGUACUGAACAGGAAAAAGGGGUUCUAUGCAGUGCCAGUUCUUAUCAGAGAAGACCCACUGAAAUUAAUGGGCAUGGCUAAUGUGGGUCUAUUAAUUUCCAUUAGUCUACUCUAACAAGUGCUUUAUGGAAGUCAGAAUUGUACUACACUGUGGUUAGAUUGAAUUGCAGGUAGAAGCUUGUUUCCAGUUGCAGUUGCAAUGCAUUGAUUGUCCUGGCCCUCAGCGCUGGAUGAAGGGCUUGAACUCUCCGCUCUUUCUGCUGAGAUACCCCCAAAAUAUACUGAGGCAGACUUUGCAUCGUCUUGUAAUUGUUUGCCUCAGAGAUACUGAAUAGAUUGCACAUUCAAGGGCAUGAACUUCAGUAAACAAAGUUUCUUCUUGGCUGGUUACUUAAUUGUAACAUUAAUUUCUGUAAGGAAGAAUUUCUCACUGAUUUUCCAUAGGUAAUAUAUUUUCAAAUGGUCACACCUGGAGGCAACAGAGACGCUUUGGUGUAGUUACUAUGCGGAAGCUGGGAGUGGGGAAGAAAGGCAUGGAGCACCAAGUAGCAGAGGAGGCCCAUCAGCUCGUGGAGGUUUUUGCACGUUCAAAGGGUAUGUGAUGCUAAGUGAUGUUGCUGAGCUGGCGUAUGAAGAUAUAUUUGUGUACUACCUCUGUCCAUUUUAGAAAGGAAUAUGAUAUGUUUUUCUUGGUUCCUAAUGGAGAUCCCAGCAGUUUCUCUUGGCCACCAUGAAAUCCCACUCUCAGUAUGAACAGGAGCAGCUGAACUCACAUUAGUAUAAUUUUAUUUUGCAGGACAGCCACUUGACCCCUCCUUGCCCAUCGCUAAUUCAGUCUCCAACGUGAUAUGUGCUGUGGCUUUUGGGCAUCGGUUUGCUCUUGAGGAUGAACAGUUCCAGAAGCUGAUAGAAGCCAUAGAUUUCUCCCUAAAAUUUAUAGGAAGCUUCGUUCAUGCUGUGAGUAAUCAUUUUCAUUCUUGCUGAUUCAGAGAAGUCUCCCAGGGGCCUUACAUUUCCCACUCAGCAUUCUGGAUUCCAUUAUGAUAGAGGACAGAGUGUUGGAGAAGUGAGAUGAAGUUUAAAUCUAAUCUGAGAUAAGGGCUAUUUUACAGCCUAAUCAGUUUCUUACCAUGAAUAUAAAAGAGAGAGUAAUGAAACUAGGUCCACAAGUUGGGACUCUUUGGAGGAAAGACAGGCUAGAAAUGGAACAAUGGCCUUCAGAACAAGUCAUCUACAGCCCACAUAAAUGAGCAAAGGUGAACAAAAUAAUUUUCUCAGGAAGAGAAUUACACUAUGGCAUAGCGUGGGUGGAGCCAGGCAGCCUGUGGCCCUGGACGUGACCAGAUGCUACUAUGACAGGCUCCCUCAUGAUGUUGGAGCCAUGGGGAGGUAAGACAUCAGAUGACCCCCCCUUUUCUUUCUCUGUAAUGCAGGGGUCAGCAAACUUUAUCAGCAGGGUCUUGUCCACCUUCCCUCAGAGCUUGUUGGGGGUUGAACUAUAUUUUGGGGGGAAAGGGGGAAAAGAACGAAUUCCUGUGCCCCAGAAAUAACCCAGAGAUGCAUUUUAAAUAAAAAGACACAUUCUACUCAUGUAAAAACACGCUGAUUCGCAGACUGUCCGCGGGCUGGAUUUAGAAGGCAAUUGGGCCGGAUCCAGCCCCUGGGCCUUAGUUUGCCUACCCAUGCUGCAAUGUGUUUCUCUGUCCCCUUUUGUUCUGCUGGCUGCAACGAGCCACCAAAAGGCAAACUUUAACACUUCUCCUUUCCAUUCUACUGUGCUCCACAUCCCUCCCUCACCAGCUUCUGUUAAAAUAAGAAUUUUUUUUACCUGCCAAGCAAAAUCUCUCUCUUUUUUUAAUAAUAAUUUUUAUUAAUUUUAACAUAUAAAUUAUAAUACAUACCACAAAACCUUACCACUUAUACAAUCUUUUUUUGGACUUCCAUCAGCACCUCUGAUGAUCCACCGUUUUAACCACUUCUUAUGCAUUUCUUAAAUUCAUAUUGCCUUUAAUUAUCUUAACUAACCAUCCUCCCCUUUAUCCAUUUUUGGAAUAGUUCCAAGAAUUCACCUCACAAAACUUCUUGCAAACCUACAAACGUAGUCUGAUCAUCACAAUUACUUUUCAAAUAGUCUGUAAAUUUACACCAGUCUUCUGUGAAUUUCUGGUCCCGCAGAUUUUGAAUCCUUCCUGUUAAUUUAUCUAGUUAUGCAUAGUCCAUAAAUUUCAUCCUCCAUUCUUCUUUCGUCAGUAAUUCUUCUGGCUUCCAUUUUUGUGCCAAUAAUAUUCUUGCUGCCGUCGUUGCAUAUAAAAACAGCUUACAUUCUUUUCUAUUUAUAUCACUUCCUACAAUGCCCAGUAAAAAUGCUUCUGUUUUCUUUAUAAAUGUAUAUUUCAACAUUUCUUUCAUCUCAUUAUAUAUCAUUUCCCAGAAGCUUUUAACUUUUUUACAUUCACACCACAUGUGAUAAAAUGUUCUUUCUUUUUCUUUACAUUUCCAACAUUUAUUGCUAACUUUAUACAUUUUAGCUAAUUUAACGGGUAUAAUAUGCCAUCUAUACAUCAUUUUCAUCACAUUUUCUUUUAAAGCAUUGCAUGCAGUAAAUUUUAAACCUUCUUUCCAUAGUUUUUCCCAAUCACUCAGCUGUAUAUUAUACCCAAAAUCUUUGGCCCAAGGAAUCAUAACCGACUUUACCUCCUCAUCCUUCAAAUGCCAUUCAAGCAGCAAUUUAUACAUUUUAGAAUUUUUUUUACAGUUAUUACUUAAUAUCUCUAGUUCAAACUUUGAUUUAUUUUCAUCAAAUCCUUUUUCUUUAAAAUCCUGUUUAAACAUUUCAUUGACCUGAUGGUAGUGCAUCCAAUCAUUCACAUAUUCUUUGAUUUCCUCAUAUGGUUUCAUCUUCCAUUUACUUCCUUCUUUUUGUAUUAAUUUCCCAUAAGUUAUCCAUUUCCCACUCAUAUUGAUCUUUUUCACACUCAUUGCUUCUAAUGGAGAUAACCAAUGCGGUGUUUUACGUUCCAGUAAGUUUUUGUACCUAUCCCAUAUUUCUAUUAAAGAUCUUUGAAAUAUAUGGCUUCCAAAUCCUUUAUGGACUUUUGUUUUAUUAUACCAUAGAUAUGCGUGCCAUCCAAAUCUAUUAUCAUAACCUUCCAAAUCUAACAGUUCUGUAUUUUCUAAUAACAUCCAUUCCUUUAACCAACAGAGGCAAGAUGCUUCAUAAUACAAUUUCAGAUCUGGCAGAGCGAAGCCUCCUCUUUCUUUAACAUCUGUUAACAACUUAUACUGUAUUCUCGGCUUCUUUCCCUGCCAGAUAUAUCUUGAAAUUGUUUUUUGCCAAUCUUUAAAAAUUGUUGCCCCUUUGAUUAUUGAAAUUGUCUGAAACAAAAAUAACAUCUUUGGUAGCACAUUCAUUUUAAUAGCCGAAAUCCUUCCCCAAAAUGACAAUUUCAUCCUUCCCCAUAUUUCUAGAUCUCUUAUAAUACCAUUCCACACCGGUGGAUAAUUAUUUUGAAAUAGAUCAAUAUUUUUGGAGGUUAACCAAAUUCCCAAAUAUUUAAAUCUUUUAACUGCUUCUAUACCUAUUUGUUGUUGCAACCCUUCCACCAGGUCCUGUUUCAUAUUUUUAACUAUCAUUUUAGUUUUCUUUUUGUUCAAUUUAAAGCCUGACACUUGCCCAAACUGUUCUAUCUCCUCUAGUACUUCUUUCACACUUGUAACUGGCUCUUCUAUGGUUAAUACCAAGACAUCGGCAAAGGCUUUCACGUUAUACUCAUUUUGACCAACUGAAAUUCCCUUUAUUUUUUCAUUUCUCCUUAUUUACCUUAAAAAGACUUCCAGUACCGAUAUGAAUAAUAAUGGUGAUAAUGGAUACCCUUGUCUUGUACCUUUAGUAAUUUCAAUACUUUCUGUUACUAUAUUGUUUACUAUUAAUUUUGCUCUCUGUUCUCUAUGGCUUUUAUUCCUUUUAGAAAGAAUUGACCAGUGUCCAUUAAUUCUAAAUUCUUUAACAUAAAUUUCCAGGAUAUAUUAUCAAAGGCCUUUUCUGCAUCCACAAAAAUUAACAUCGCUUGCUUUUCAUUUCUGGCAGUCAGAUAUUCAAUUAUAUUAACUAUAUUUCUUAUGUUAUCUUUCAUCUGUCUACCAGGUAAAAAACCUGCUUGGUACUUAUCAACAGUCUCAUAGAAUCAUAGAAUCAUAGAGUUGGAAGAGACCACAAGGGCCAUUGAGUCCAACCCCCUGCCAAGCAGGAAACACCAUCAGAGCACUCCUGACAUAUGGUUUGCUAGCAUACUUGCGAAUAAUUUAUAGUCGUUAUUUAACAGUGAAAUCGGCCUAUAGUUCUUUACUUGUGUUAAAUCUGAAUCUUGUUUUGGUAUAAAUGUAAUAUAUGCUUCUUUCCACAUUUCUGGUAAUUCUCCCUUUCUUAGUAUAUUAUUCAUAACCUCUUUCAGUGGCACAAGUAUUUCUUUAUAAUAUUUUGCUGUAAAUCCAUCCGGUCCCAGUGUCUUUCCACUUUUCAGUUCUUUUAUAGCAACUUUAAUUUCCUCUGUUUCAAUUAGGUCAUUCACUCUGUCUUUCUUUUCUGUCUGAAUUUUUUGCACUCCUUUCUGUCUCAAUAAUUUUUUUUAUAACAUUUUUUCCAUCUCUUUUAUAUAAGUGUCUAUAGAAAUCCACAAAUCCUUUUCUAAUUUCUUUCGGAUUAUCUAUUUCUUUUCCUUCCACUGUGAUCUUCUUAAUUGUAUUCUGUUCCUUUCUCUUUUAAAUCUGUCAGCCAUGCCAACCACUUUCCAGAGCACACUCCUGAGUUGGUUCCUGGGUGGGUUCUAUAUAGUUACUCACUACCUGUCCAAAAUUUCUGAUCGCAACAGUCAUCAAGUCCGUCUUCUCAUGUAACUGUUCCAGUAAGGCACUUGUUUUGCAGAAAGCACGCACCAGAGCUUCUGAAUACAUUGUUAUACAAGGUCAGAAGUCUGUUCCCACGAUCUUAAUCUGUUGCAGUUGCAGAGCUCCCCAGUUCAAAUUUAGUAACAGUUUCACAGGCUCCCUCUAGGGGAAGAACUUCUAUUUGUAUCCAUCUCUUUUCUUUUUCUUUUUCUUUUAAAAGCAGAUCUAACAACAAGGUUUCCUUUUUCAGAUAUUUUGUCGAUAUUUGCUCCUUUAAAAUGCGAAGGAGAACAAUGGAAUCACUAUGUUUCUCUUCUUUUAACUGUCUGUCAAAGACGUUUGUCUAUAGUCAAUGAACUUCCCAAAAACGUCAGUCCUGACACCCCGCUCCCAGGUUCAAGACGGUGGAAAAUUACUUUUCUUUACACUCUCUUCUGCAGGUUUAAACAGUCCGGAAAAAUCCCCCUCUUCUCCUGCUUCCGAAGGGGUUCAACAAUUUUAGAUGAUGAAAGUUAAUCCUUUACAAACGAUUUUCUGAACUCUAGUUUGCCAUGUCUUUGCUUUAAUCUAUCUACAAGAAACGGAAGGCUGACUUCCUGUUUAGACCUUCCCAUUUCAGUGCCAAAUUAAGAAGGAUUUCUUAGUCCAAUUUUCCUUUCUAUUCACAAGUCAUUGUUUCAAGUCCAAUUGUCCGAAUUUAAGCUACUCACGGGUAGUUGUUUUAAUAGCCAAAUUGUCCCAGGAAAAAGGCAGCACUCUCCGGCAACGGCUGUGCGGCUUCGCUCCACGGAAGAAGCAGUUGACUCUCAGCACCGUGCCACUUGCCCCUCUUCGCUCCGGAGCCCGUAACUGGGUUCCUUUACGAGUGGGGGGGCGUGAAAGGUGCCCGCCGAGUCCCAUGGUCACAGGCUUCAUCCGCCUGUGAUUUUUCAAAGGGUCCCUGCUUCGCCGUAGCGGGAAAGACCCGUUUUCCGUGGAGCCAGUCCCUCCGGAUCAGAGGGAAUCCGCCAUUACCGAUGGCACCACCCCGGAAGUCCCCUAUUCCAUUCUACUUCUCUAUUUAUUAUCUUUUUUUAAAAAAUAAUUUUUAUUAAAUUUCCAAUUAACAAGCUAAUCAUAUCACAUUAAUUCCAAAUUAUACCAAUACAUAAUAAACUCCAAACAUUUAGCCGAAUUUUAAAUUUUUGUUGGGGGUACCCAUGCUUCGAGCUCAGAAAGGGUCCAAUCAUCUCAUAUUUCUGCUGCUUUGAUGUUCACAAGUCCCAUCUUUCUAUCUCUUUGUUGUUAUCCUUUACAAACCCCAUCUUCCAAUCUUCUUGUUGUUAUCAUUUUUCUUCUUAAUAACCUCUGAGUUAUCUCCACAAGCGAGUUGAAGCAAACAUUAUUAUAGUCCUGUGUGGGUUUUCACGCUGAUCCAAAAGUCCUAUUCAAACAGCAGGCACGAUUUCAGUUCCCAUAAAAUACAGUCCAAGCAUCUGCUCAUUAACUUUCCCAGACCAGUUGCUCCAUAAAUCAGCCUUUCCAGGGGAGUUGUUGGCAAUUCAGCCGUGGAAUUCAGAUAUGAUAACAAAACCGUAGCACCUCUCCCCCUUUGACUGUAAAUCUUGCAACCAAGUCUGUCUCAUAAUGGCGGUUCCCCAUUAGAACUGCGUCACACCAAAAGCCUUUCGUUUCCUUUCCAGAUCUUCCGCAAAACAAAGUCUUUGGUUAAUAAUUUUGUUUCCACACAGUUUAUUUUCCCAUCUCACUUGCUAUCAAUCAUGUGGCGGUUCUUCUUGGGGGGGGGGGUUGUUAGGUAAAUCAUAUUGAAAAAGAGAAAAGUCCCCCCCUUCCGAUCCAUUUCAACAUACCGACAUAGCUGUGAUUCUUUGAUGUAGUCUUCUAUUCAGUCCAACACGUCACUCAGCUUCUCAGUGGUUGAUUUAAUUAGCAAUCAGUACAGCCUUUCCUUCGCUCGAAACAUGUGCAUUUACUCUUCUCCAAUUGUUUAUCUUGAGCAAUGCAACCAGGAUUGCCAUUAGAAGUAGCGUCCAGGAGAUCCAAAAACUCACUCGAGGGCUUUCUGUCCAGUGCCCCCACCCCGUCCUUCGUUCGAACUCGGGGGUGAUUUAUUGGCAACCGCGGACGAGGCAGCAUUUUCCCAUCCCCUGGGAAAAUUCGGGAGGCUAAUUUACUCCCAUCAUUAGCCUCUUAAUUACCUCGUGUGAGCCAGAGAGAUGGUAUUGUCGGGCAUCUUCCAAAGUGCCCCUAGCGCCCACCCUACUUCUCGAUUUAUUAUCAUUGCAAAUUGACUUUGCAGUAUUUUAAUAUUCUGUUUUAUUUUCACAUUAUUUGGGUUUUUAACUAAUUUCUUCUAAUUUUCCAUUAUUUGUUUUAAUAUUUCUUUCCCCCCCUUUUCUCUAAAUUUAUUUCUGAUAGUGUUCUACUGUAUAAAAAAGCCUCGCAUUACUGCUUUGCUAGCAUCCCAUACUACACUCAUUUCUGUUCCUUUGUUACAAUUAUUCACAAAGUAAUCAGUUAAGUUUUUCUGUGCUUUCUCAUUUAUUUUUUGAUCUUCCAAUAGGUUCUCAUUUAAUCUCCAUCGAAAGGUUUUUUCCUCCAUUUCUUUUAUUUCACAUUUUAUUGCAUUAUGAUCCGAAAGUAUUUUUGGUUGUAUUUCUAUUUUUGUCACUCUUGGUGUUAACUCGCUGGAUAUCCACACAUAAUCUAUUCUUGACAUUGGUUGAUUUGGUUCUGAGAAAUAAGUAAAUUGUUUUUCUAAUGGGUGUCUUAAUCUCCAAACAUCUACCAAAUUACAGUUCUCAGUCAUUGAAAAAAAAAGUCUUAGGUAGUUUUCCUUCCUCCAAUUUUUCUCUUGGCCUCAACCUAUCCAUUUCCAUUGAAACCACUCCAUUCAUAUCACCCAUUAUUAUAAUUUUCUGAUCCACAAAUUCAAAAGUUUUUCUUUUAAAUCUUUAUAAAAUUCUGUUUUACUUCCAUUUGGUGCAUACACUCCGACUAUUAUCUAUUUUUCGCCUUGCCAUGUGACUUGUACCGCAAUUAUUCUACCUUCUUCAUCUUUAAAUAUUUGCUGAGCCUCAAAUUUAUUUUUUAUAUACAAAACCACUCCUCUCUUCCUGCUUCUGUCUGAUGAAACAAAUUCAUUUCCCAAUUUUUUAUUAAUCAGAACUCUUCUAUGCCUUCUUGCCACAUGAGUUUCUUGUAGACAAAUAAUAUCCAAAUUCUUUUUUUAAAGGAAAUGUUCCAUUUUCUUUCUUUUCCUUUUGUCAUUAAUUCCAUUAACAUUCCAUGUCCAUAAUUUCAGUGCCAUUUUGUGUCCCCUUUACCAGUAAAAGUAUAAAAGUCUUAAACCUGUCCUUCUUCCUCUUCCACUUCUUCUUCUUCUUCUUCUUCUUCUUCUUCUUCUUCUUCUUUAUUAUCCUUUUCUUCUUCUUCCAAUCCUACCGGACCUGCUGUUCCUGCCACUGUUGCUUCCUCCCCUUUUCCCAGCUCUUUGUAUCUUCUCAGAAAUUUAUGUGUUUCAUCAACACUUGUAAAUUUAAACUUAAUGUCUUUUUUAAUUUCUGUGAACAUUUUUAAAAUGUCUCCCUUAAAUUCAGUUUCCUGUUUCGAUCCUCUUCUUUCCAAAGUUGUCCCACUUUCUCCUGUUUUUUUCUGUGUCUGAGACAUUGUUUCUCUUCUUCCUGCCACUAGGUGUAUAUUAAGAAUCUUUGGAAGGCCAAAUUUCUUUAAAAUAAACAAUUAAAGGAGAAAGAAGAAAGUUUUCUGCCUCUUGUUUGGCUAAUCCAACGUAAUGUCUUAAUAAAUAAUCAGAAUAAGCAAAUAAUAAUAAUAAUAUUGAAAAGAAGAACAAUGAAGGAGACAAUCAGAAGAAAAAAAAUAGGGACCACCAAAGGAACAACAAAAAAUAAUAAAAAUAUUCUUUCGCCACUUGCCUGGCCAAUCCAAUCCUUUAAUCAAAAUUCCAACAAAACCAUACCAGCCAAAUUUUAAUCCAGUAAUCCCAAGAAAAAAAAAUCAGUGAAUAACAAAAAAGAGAAACGAAAAAAAGGAGAAAAGGAGAAAAAAAUAAAAAAGAGCAAAAAGGAAAAAAGAAAAUUCUCUUCACCAAAGCAGCAGAGCCAGAGAUUUUCAAAAGCAAAACCAAAAUUAAUCCAUCCCCGAGAGCACAGUCUGGCACCAUAAAAUGUAAAAAUGUCAAAGUCCUUCUACUCCAAUGUCCACAUCAGCUAAGUCAGAAGCAGGAAGGGGAGAGUGGGUAAACAAUUUCUUCUUCUUACUCAGCUUUCCUCCAAAUAAAAUAAAAUAAAAUAAAACAAAAUAAAGAACCAGAUAAUAGCAAAUAUUUCUAUUUCAUUUUGGGCUUGGCAGUAUCUCAAAAUGCUGCUUUGGCAUGUAAAAAAUAAAGAAGAAAAAAUUCCACCAUGAGGCUUCUUAACAGUUAACUACGCAGUUCUCUAAAAACUAAAGUAAUAAAUUUCCAGGAAGACUCUCCUCCUGCAGUCCCAGAAACCCACAAAAAAGACAAAAAAAACCCUUAAUAAGGGCUUUCGCCCCCCUCCUUUGUUUAAUACACAGUCUUAAGUAAAGUGUUUAUAUUAAAUUAAAUAUUCCGCUGUAGGACAACUCACUGUUUUUUGUUCCGUGGGUACUUCUUGCAUAUAAAUAAGAUCCCAGUCGGGGCUGACCUCCUUUUUACCACCCUGCUGCUUCCGAAUCAUUCUUAAUCCCUUUUUUUCAACUAUUUCCACCAAUUAAAUCUGGAUUUUUUACUGUUUCUGAAUCUACCGCUGUGCCAGGUAAGCUUGAGGCUGCGCUUCUCGAGGGUAGAAAAUGGUGUCCAGCGCCGGUGUCUCAAUCUCGCUGCUCUUUUUGCUCCUAAAAGGGGCUUUUCAGGCAGCGGAGAGACCGCUCCUCGGCUAGCUGGGAACCUGCCCUCAGAAUCUUCCUCCUGAGGUUUUUGGGGGCUUGCGACGCCCUUGCAAAGCCCCCAUUUCCCCCCAAAAAGCUGGAUUCUCCCCAGACGGCUGAAGCCCGCUUGCACUUGGCUCCAUGGUAAACCGGAAGUCUCAUUACUCUGAGACCUCUUGGCUAGCAUUUAUUUAUAUGGGGAUCGGCUCUAUUCUCCGCCCUCUCACCUCAGAUUGCCAUGAUGCAAACCCAGGAUAUGUAUUUGUCUUAUUUAAUAUUCUUUGUUAUUGGGAACAAAGUUAUUGUAAGGAAAGGCAAUGGAAGAAACCCAACCUCCGAAGUGUUUGCUAGAGAGGUUUAUUCAGAAAAUAUAAGUAAUUUAUCUUUAAUGAGAAAACUAGGAAAGAGGAAAACUCCCUUCUUAAAGGUUUAAUAAUAAUAAUAAUAAUUUAUUAUUUAUACCCCGCCCAUCUGGCUCAGUUUCCCCAGCCACUCUGAUCGGCUUCGAAUCAAGUGAUAAAAAAUACAGAAUUAAAUAUUAAAAACUUCCCUAAACAGGGCUGCCUUCAGAUGUCUUUUAAAGAUAAGAUAGCUACUUAUUUCCUUCACAUCUGAAGGGAGGGCAUUCCACAGGGCAGGUGCCACUACCGAGAAGGCCCUCUGUCUGGUUCCCUGUAACGUCACUUCUCGCAAUGAGGGAACCGCCAGAAGGCCCUCAGCACUGGAUCUCAGUGUCUGGGCUGAACGAUGGGGAUGGAGUCGCUCCUUCAGGUAUACAGGACCAAGGCCGUUUAGGGCUUUAAACGUCAGCACCAACACUUUGAAUUGUGCUUGGAAACGUACUGGGAGCCAAUGCAGAUCUCUCAGGACCGGUGUUAUGUGGUCCCGGCAGCCACUCCUAGUCACCAGUCUAGCUGCCACAUUCUGGAUUAAUUGCAGUUUCCGGGUCACCUUCAAAGGUAGCCCCACAUAGAGCGCAUUGCAGUAGGACCAAGCAGGAGAUAACUAGAGCACACACCACUCUGGCGAGACAGUCCGCAGGCAGGUAGGGUCUCAGCCUGCGUACCAGGUGGAGCUGGUAGACCACUGCCCUGGACACAGAAUUAACCUGCGCCUCCAUGGACUGCUGUCAGUCCCAGGCUGCGCACCUGGUCCUUCAGGGGUGCAGUUUCCCCAUUCAGGCUCAGGGAGUCCCCCCCCCCACGCUCGCCACCUGUCCCCCCAAAACAGUACUUCUGUCUUGUCAGGAUUCAACCUCAAUCUGUUAACCAUCCUCCAUCCUCCAACGACGUCCAGGCACUCACACAGGACCUUCACUGCCUUCACUGGUUUUGAUUUAAAAGAGAGUUUGAGCUUGAUGUCAUCUGCAUACUGAUGAACACCCAGCCCAAACCCCCUGAUGAUCUCUCCCAGCUGCUUCAUAUAGGUAUUAAAAAGCAUGGGGGAGAGGACGGAACCCUGAGGCACCCCACGUGAGAGAGCCCAAGGGUCUGAGCACUCACCCCCCAACACCACUUUCUUAACACAGCCCAGGAGAAGGGAGCGGAACCACUGUAUAACAGUGCCCCCAGCUCCCAGCCCCUCUAGACGGUACAGAAGGAUGUUACGGUCAGUGGUGUCAAAGGCCGCUGAGAGAUCCAGCAGAACUAGGAAACAGCUCUCAUCUUUGUUUGAUUUUUUGAAGGAAGAUAUGGGCAUUACUUGACUGGGGAAUAAAAUAAAAUAAAAUAAAACGGCAUUGCAAGAUUUGGAGGACUGCACAUUUCAAAGGCUGGCUGUGUUUCAAUUUGCAUAUUAGGCAAAUUUACUCUUAAAUGUGAACUGACUUGAAUGUCUCCCCAUCUGUAUUCUCCAGCAACCCCCCACCUCCCAACAAAUGGCCUGGGAUUGUGCCCAGUUUUGAAUGAAGCCUGGGAGCUAGAAAAAUACUUUGACCCCUAGUUUUCUUUCACAUAUUCGGCUAGAGAUAUUUCCCAGAACCAGUCAUUCUGAGAUUCAAGAGAAGCUGCAGACUCCUACCUUCUUCUCAGGGAGACUCAAACUAAUGUGCUAGCUCUGAAGAAUAAUUUGGGUCAUGUUUUAAGUGCUAAUUCAAAUGAAUUGACCCAUGAACUGCAUGACCAAGCUUCCUCAUGGUAAUGACGGCAUUUCUGCUAUCUUUCCUUUAGCUUUAUGAAAUGCUCCCAUGGCUCAUGAAACAUCUCCCAGGGCCCCACAAGAAGGCCUUGUCCUGCAUGGAGAUGGUGCUUUCAUUUGCAAAGGAGGAGAUAGAGAAGCAUAAGGAGAAUCAGUCUCUGCAUGAUCCACAGGAUCUCAUUGAUUUCUAUCUACUUCAGAUGGAGAAAGUAAGUAUCUGCUUUGAAACUGAAUGCUGCUCAUCCAAGGAAUCAUUAUAUUUCCUGUUAUACGUGAAUACUAAUCUCUUCCAAGGACACCAAUAUUUUUUUCCUGAAUCUCAGUUGAAAAUGACAUUGAGUUACUUUUUUCAAUUUUAUUGGAUUAUUAUUUUUCUUAGUGAGUUGUGCAAACCACUAUUCUGAAUAAUGUUUUUUAUUAGGGUAGUGGGCACUGGAGAUCAGAUGAUGGAUCCAACAGGGCAGUGGGCAAAAAUGUUUGAAAACCCCUGUUAUACCUCAUGGGAACAUACUCACCACUGAAAUGUUGCCUGUGGUGCCCAAACAGUAAGAAUGCCCAAAUAGUAUGAAUGGCCAACUCACCAAGUGUCUUGUGGCAGAUGUUUCAUUACACAUUACAAUGCAUAGCAAGAGGAAAAAUCACUCCUCACUUUCAUCAGCAGGGGACCAAACAAAUCCUAAAGAAAAUGUUCCUAAACUAAAUAUGACUUCAAACUCCUACCUCAUUUAUUUCUACACUAGAAAGGUCAAAAUAUUUUUUCUUCUUGCCUUCCUCCUGCAAGAUUUCACCAAACGCUUGCAAGAUCUCACUGUCCUCACUGUUGUUGUUAGCACAUUGUGGGCACUGCUGUAUGACCAAAGUAAGGGAGGUGGCAGUGACAGCAGGGCAGUGGAGGUGGCACCUUCUUAUUUCUCCUCAGGCAGUGUAAGAGGACACCUCACCCCUCAUGAAGCAUGUGUUGGUGGUAUGCUAAUAGGAGCAGGGGGAGUAAGAUAAAAUAAGUGCUGAAGGACAGAUUGUAAUGCAUGUAAAUGACAUGUCACUUUCCCUGUUUUCAAAAUCAGAGCAAAAACGACCCAGAGUCCACCUAUGAUGAAGAAAAUAUGGCUUUUAGUAUUUCUGGGCUCUUUGUAGCAGGGACAGACACAGUCACCAGUUCUCUGAAAUGGGCACUUCUCCUCCUGGCAAGUCAUCCAGAUAUCCAAGGUGAGAGAGGGAGACCUGUGCACGGCUUCCUUUGAUCUCUAGAGUGGACUGUAAUUCUUGUGUCAGUUAAUUGUUAUUGAUUAUUGAAGUUCUUCCUGAUGUUUAGUGGAAUCUCUUUUCUUGUAACUUGAAACCAUGGGUUCGAGUCCUACCCUCUGGAGCAGGAGAAAACAAGCUUGCUCCAUCUUCCAUGUGAUGGCCCUUAAAGUACAGUGGUACCUUGGGUUAAGAACUUAAUUCCUUUUAGAGUUCCGUUCUUAACCUGAAACUGUUCUUAACCUGAGGUACCACUUCAGCUAAUGUGGCCUCCCGCUGCUGCCACCACCCAAUUUCUGUUCUCAUCCUGAAGCAAAGUUCUUAACCUGAGGUUCUAUUUCUGGGUUAACAGAGUCUGUAACCUGAAGCAUCUGCAACCUGAGGUAUCACUGUAUCUGAAGAUGGCUAUCAUCUCUCCUCUCCUCUUCUCUAGGCUAAACUUACCCAGCUCCCUCAACUUAUAAGGCUUGGUUUCUAGACACUUGAUCAUCUUGGUUGCCUUUCUCUGCACACGUUCCAAUUUGUCAAUUUCCUUUUUAAACUUGGGUACCCAGAACUGCACACAGAACUGUGGUCUGAACAAGGCAGAAGUUCCCUAUACUCUUUAUUCUGUGAACUACCCUGAGACACCCAGGUAUAGGGCGGUAUAUAAAUGUAAUUAACAACAACAACACCACUUAUGCUGAUGCAGCCUAGAAUAGCAUUGGCCUUUUUUCCUGUUGCAUCAUACUGUUGACUCAUGUUGAACUUUUUUUCCAAUUUUUUAAUUAGUUUUCCACAUUUAUAACAAAAAUGACGUUAGAAAACACACAACAAAUAAAAACACAUUUCAAUACAAAAAACUUAACACAAAAACCAAUUACUUCUUCAGCUACCUAAUUUUCAUAACAUUGUUAACUGACUUCCUAGAAUACCCUCUAACUGAAUUUCCUUAUAUCACUUGUAUAACAGUUCUCCAAAUUCAUAUUUCUAAUAAUAUUAACUCCUAUCAUUUACUAACCUCUUCUCCUUUAUUAAUAUUCUAAUCCUUGAUAUUUACUAACACAUGUUCUUAUUCUACCCCUAAGCCUAUUCGUUACUUCCAAGAAUUUUCUAAUUAUCUUAUAUCACAAUAUUUAGCUAAAUAUUCUUUAAAUUUCUUCCAAUCUUUAUGUAUCUCCUCCUCUUUCUGGUCAUGGAUUCUUCCAGUCAGGUCGGCCAGCUCCAGAAAGUCCAACAUCUUCAUCUGCCAUUCUUCUAUUGUUGGUAUCUCUUGCGAUUUCCAGUUUUUGGCUAAUAGCAGUCUUGCCGCUGUAGUGGCAUACAAAAACAAUCUAACAUCUUUUCUGGGCAAUUCCAAUUCUAUUAUUCCAAGUAGAAAGGCUUCUGGUUUCUUAAUAAAUGUAUUUUUCAACAUUUUUUUCUACUCAUUAUAAAUCUUUUCCCAGAAGUCCUUCACCUUGGGAGACGUCCACCACAUAUGAUAAAAACGUACCUUCUUUUUCUUUGCAUUUCCAAGAUAGAUUGUCAUUUGUGUGAUAAAUAUUUGCUAAUUUUGCUGGGGUUAAGUACCAUCUAUACAUCAUUUUCACAAUAUUUUCUUUUAAUACAGUACAUGCAGUAAACUUAACCCCUUUCUUCCACAACCUUUCCCAAUCUUCCAACAUUAUAUUGUUUCCAACAUCUCUUGCCCAGUCAGUCACCACAGAUUUAACUUGUUCAUCCUUUGUAUGCCAUUCCAUCAGGAAAUUGUACAUUUUAGAGAGAUUUUUAACAUUGGUAUCUGUCAGGGAACUGCCAUCGGACGGAAGGGAGGUGAAAGGGCUCACACAGGUUGGGAGAGACGCAGCAGCUGAAGAGGGAACCAACAGGGAGGUGAAAGGGCUCACACAGGUUGGGAGAGACGCAGCAGCUGAAGAAGGAACCAGCAGGGGAGAGGAGCUGAGCUGGAGGGAUGGCUCAGAGACACUUCCAGCGAAAACAGUGGGGAGGUUUCAGAACCUCCUGUAAGAACACCCACUCCUCGCCGGAAACUGUCACGCAGAGAUUCCAGAAGACGUGUUUCCGUUAAGGAGCUUUUAUGUUGGAAGCGAUUACGAAAGCAACCACUGUCGGAAUCUGCUAGUGACUAGAGCAGCCAUGUCUGAGGGGCUCCGUCACAGACAGAGGUUUGUGGACUUGAACAAACUCUGAGGGGAUACGUUUUUACGCACAAGCAGCUCAUCAUCCCAUCACAGUAUCUAACAAUUCCAUUUCCAAUUUGGAUUUUUCUGUCGCAAAACCAUUUUUCUUAUCAAGUUUAUACAAUUCAUUAAUCUGAUAAUAUUGCAACCAUCCAUCCAAUUUAUCUUUAAUUUGGUCAAAUUGUCUCAAUUUAAAUCCUUCAUUAUCUUCCAAGAAUAAAUCUGUAUAUUUCAACCAUUUACACUCCAUAUCCAGCUUUUUCUGUGCCUUUGCUUCCAUUGGUGAAAGCCACCUGGGUGUUCUCCUUUCUAAGAGAUCUUUAUAUCUUAUGCAAACAUUAUAUAGUGAUUUUCUAAUUACAUGAUUUUUGAAACCUUUAUGAGCCGGUAUCUCAUCAUACCAUAGAUAUGCAUGCCACCCAAAUACAUUGUCAAAUUCUUCCAAAUCUAACACAUCAACAUUGUCUAGUUGAAUCCAUUCCUUGAUCUAGCAGAAAGCCACCGCUUAAAAAUAUAUCUUCAAAUCUGUCAGGGAAAAUCCCCCUCUCUCUUUAGAAUCUGUUAAUAUUUUAUAUUUAAUUCUGGGUUUUUUCCCCUGCCAGAUAAAUUUAGACAUUGCUUUCUGCCAUUCUUUAAAACAUCUUACAUUAUUGAUAAUUGGUAAGGCUUGGAAUAAAAACAGCACCUUUGGCAGUACAUUCAUCUUAAAGGUAAAGGUACCCCUGCCUGUACGGGCCAGUCUUGACAGACUCUAGGGUUGUGCGCUCAUCUCACUCUAUAGGCCGGGAGCCAGCGCUGUCCGCAGACACUUCCGGGUCACGUGGCCAGCGUGACAAGCUGCAUCUGGCGAGCCAGCGCAGCACAUGGAACGCCGUUUACCUUCCCACUGGUAAGCGGUCCCUAUUUAUCUACUUGCACCCGGGGGUGCUUUCGAACUGCUAGGUUGGCAGGCGCUGGGGCCGAACGACAGGAGCGCACCCCAUCGCGGGGAUUCGAACCGCCGACCAUGCGAUCGGCAAGUCCUAGGCGCUGAGGUUUUACCCACAGCGCCACCCACGUCCCAACAUUCAUCUUAACCACCAAUAUUUGGCCCAUUAAUGACAGAUUUAAAUUUGACCAAACCUCAAGAUCUCUCUUAAUUUCAUUCCAUAAUUUUUCAUAAUUAUCUUUAUAUAAAUUCAAAAUUUUCACCGAUAAAUUCACACCCAAAUAUUUCACUUUCUUCGCAGAAACAAGGCCUGUCUUUUCCUGUAGGAUUUUUUUCUCCUCAUUAUCUAAAAUUUCCCCCAACACUUUGGUUUUGUUCUUAUUUAUCUUAAAUCCUGCUACUUGCCCAAACUUCUGUAUUAGUUCCAGUGCUUUUACUGCAAUGGAAUCUGGAUCUUGUAAAGUUAACACCAAAUCAUCAGCAAAGGCUUUUAAUUUAUAUUGUUUAGAUCCUACUGUUAUACCUUUAACCUCUUCCUCUUUCCUUACCAUGUUUAGCAAAACCUCCAGAACUGAAAUAAAAAGCAGAGGGGAAAGUGGGCACCCUUGCCUCGUUCCUUUCUCAAUUCUAAUUUCUUCUGAAACCACAGUAUUUACUACAAUUUUGGCUUUUUGUUCAAAAUAGAUUGCAUUAAUACCAUUUAAAAAUUCUUGUCCAAUCUCAAUACUUUCUAAAUUCCUUUUGAUAAAACUCCGUGAGACAUUAUCUAAGACCUUCUCAGCAUCAAUGAACAUUUACAAUUUUUUAAAAGUUCCAACCUUUCUAACACAUUGAUUAUAUUCCUAAUAUUAUAUUUCAUAUGUCUCCCAGGCAGAAAUCCUGCCUGGUCCUUAUGGAUAUAAUCUGUUAGCACCUUUUCUAUGCAGUCUAGUAACAUGAGUUUCUUGCAGACAAAUUAUGUCCAAAUUCUGUUUUGCUAACACAUGAUAAACUUGGUUUCUUUUUGGACGUGAGUUCAAACCAUUAACAUUCCAGGAGUAAAUUCCCAGUGCCAUCUUGUACUAUUAGGGAGCUCCUGCCCCUGCCCCUGGUGCCUGUGAGCUUUCCAAUCUGAGAUCCUUAACGUUUUCCCCCAAAAACCUUGGUUUUUCUUCAAUGGUCCUAAUUCUUUGUUUCCUUCUUUGAAAUUUGAAGGAGAGGCCCUUUGGAAAUUCCCACCUGAAGAAGAUAUUCUUCCUUCUCAGAGCUCCAGCCAAAUCUGUGUAAUUAUUCCUUAAGUUCCGAAAAUGUUUUGGAAACUCCUUGAACAAAACAAUUGUUUUAAUUAAUAUUUUUCUAUAGUGUAGACCCAAAAUAUUGUCCCUCUGUUUCUUUGUCUUGAAAACCACUAUACAGUCAUGUACAAUUUUUGAGUCUUUCUUUGGCCCAAACCUAUAGGCCCUCUCAAUCCAAGAAUUUAGCUUGUCUUUUUCCAAAUCCCAGCACGCUGCAAACUCUCUCUCUCUCAGCAAUCUAGAAUAUCACAUCAGAUCCAAUAGGGGCCAAAUCCACUGUCCAUAAAGGGUUUCGGGUGUCACAGUGAAAAGCUUUCUGGAAAGUGUUCUUCUCAUCUGGCAAUGGAAAAAAAGCACCAUUCAACCUUAGUUUGAAAGGCAUGCAUGAAUGAAACAGCAGGAAGCGUAAUGUGUGAAUGUAGCAUGGAAACAUGUACAAUGCUCUUCUUGUCACAUGCACACAUGUCAUCACAGAACUAGAGAAUUAACUCAAAAGGGCAACUCAGUGAUGAAGGGAGUGCAGCGUGUUCCAGAAGACAAGUGGUUGGUGCUUAAAAGAAUAAGCAGAAGAAUACACAGGAGAGGAAGAGCCUAGAGACACAACAGAAACUGCUAAAACUGCAUUGUGGGGGAAUAUGUAUUUUCCUCUCCUAUUAGCAAAACUUACUGGGUUGAAUCCAAAGUUUGCUUACUCGGGAGUAAACACAGGAAAUCAUUGGGAAGCACUUCCAGAGGGAAAAAAGCAAAACAAAAUUGGGUGGCAAACUGCACGCCUCCCAGAGUAAAAAAACACCAAAGAACAGAACAAUGUGAUUCUCCUCUCAGCAAUUCAUUUUCACCACACCCCUUGAGCACUGGAGCGCAAAGACAAAAGAAGAAUGUGGAUUAUCUGUUUUCCAUUUCAUCUUCUGGCUACCGCUCUAGCCCUUUAACACUGCCCAUGCCAAGUACUGGGGGAAGAAUGAAGUUUAUAUAUUCAAAAUAAACCUUCUGUUUCUGUAAUUUUCUUCAGAUAAAGUCCAUAAGGAAAUAGAAGAUGCUUUAGGUUCUUCUCACACAAUCUGCUAUCAAGAUAAGAAGAAACUGCCCUACACCAAUGCUGUGAUUCAUGAAAUGCAGCGCUUUAAAUAUGCCUUAUUUAUGGGGGUUCCUAGGCAAUGUACAAAGGAUGUGAAGAUGCGUGGUUUUCUCUUUCCCAAGGUAAAGAAGAGUGAUACAGCUGCACGCCUGUAUCCCAAGAGUCUAUGAGUAGGUUGCAUAUUCAGAGAUGCCCCCAGCCAUGCAGGAACUUCUUGUGUAGUCUAAAACAGGAGUUCCAUCUGCAGACAUGUUUCACUAGUGCUAUUCCUGGGGCCAUGUGGCACCUCAGAGGAGCAUGCAGUGGCCAAAGGUCUCAGCGAGGCCUUUUUGAAACAGGUGUUGCGGGAGGCCCUGCUGUGUUUCUGCUUGUAUAGAAAUAUUUUUUUAAAUAGAAAAAAGUUGAGGAUGAAUAUGGCCAUUGUUAAAUACCCACCUGUCCCCCCAAAACUCCAUUCAGUUUGAACUCUGCAAAGAUUCGUCCUGGGAGAGUGAGGGAGAAUCCUGGAAUGUGUUGAUCUGAAUGCAUUCCAAGUUAAUUCUUUCUUAUUUGCAGGGGACUGCCAUUCUUCUUGAUCUGCGCUCUGUUCUUCUUGAUCCAACACGAUGGGAGACUCCUGCAGAGUUCAACCCAAAUCAUUUCUUGGACAAGAAUGGACAAUUUGUUGACAGAGAAGAAUAUCUGCCAUUUGGUGCAGGUGAAUGCAAAAGUCCAAGCUGAGUUGGGGUCUAUAGACAUGCUUAUUGGUUGGCUUCCAGGAAAUGACAUCAUCAUCAGCAAGAGAGUAGGGCAGAAUGGAUGCAAUAUCCCCUUGGCAGGAGUGGCACUGCUGGUCAGCAGGAUGGGGCAAGGCUGUUGAUAAUUUAGGGAAUUUCUGGGUGGCUGAUUUUGGACUCACAGGUACCCAAACCCUUAUGGGGUUCACACUUCACACUUGCCACCCCACUGCCCUGUCCCUGAGAGAGGUAACACUCCCAGCACCAGGGUGCUGUUGCUCCCUUUCACACGUCACUGCUGGAUGCCAUCCAACUUCUUUUCAGGUGACAAGGCUAAAGCUCCCCCACCUCUUUUCAUGGAAUGUAAUUUAGCCUUUUAUGAAACUAUACUCAGAACUGAGUCUGCAGUUAAACUACCCCACUUCCGUACUUCUCGCACUCUGAACUGUAGAGGAGGCUGGUGUAUGUUCAGGUUUCAAUUUUCAAAGAACAAAGGAAUAUUUUUGCACCCUCUGUGUCAGGAGCCAGGCAUUGUUGUCUGCGCCAUGCCUGCAAGUAUUCAGCAGACAUCCUCACUGAUAACUUAAAGGCUCCUGUUGACUUUUUAACACAAAGAAUUAUGCCUAUUCAAUUGUUGACGAGAAUGUUAUAAAUUAAAAAAAGGACUAGUUCAUCUUUAAACGAUUAUACAGUAUUGUUUAACAUGUUCUUAUUGGUGUCAAGGCAAAAAUAGGUGCAUAGAAAGGAGAAUUCCUUGGCUGCCAAGAUCCAGGUAUGGGGCAAGUACUUUUUGGUGAGAGAACCUCAACAAAGAUUUAAAAUUACAAACAUGUAGGAAAGUAAAGCAUGGAAACAUAUCCUUUAAAAUAGGCCCUUGUGGGUUCCUUCCAAAAUUUCCCUCUUCCCCUACCAUAGUAAAAGCCCACACAUUUGCUUCCCCACCCCCAUCGUUCAGCCCGGACACUGAGGUCCAGUACCGAGGGCCUUCUGGAGGUUCCCACACUGUAAGACUACUGCAAUGCCCUCUACGUGGGCUACAUUUGAAGGUGACUCGGAAACUGCAUUAAUCCAGAAUGCGGCAGCUAGACGGGUGACUGGGAGUGGCCGCCGAGACCAUAUAACACUGGUCCUGAAAGACCUACAUUGGCUCCCACUCCGUUUCCGAGUGUUGGUGCUGACCUUUAAAGCCCUAAAGGGUCUUGGCCCAGUAUACCUGAAGGAGCGUCCUCACCCCCAUCCUUCAGUCCGGACACUGAGGUCCAGCUCCAAGGGCCUUCUUGCAGUUCCCACACUGCAAGAUGUGAGGUUACAGGGAACCAGGCAGAGGGCCUUCUCGGCAGUGAUGCCUGCCCAGUGGAACGCCCUUCCAGCAGAUGUCAAGGAAAUAAGCAACUAUAAUACUUUUAGGAGACAUCUGAAGGCAGCCCUUUUUAGGGAGGUUUUUAAUGUUUAAUGCUAUAUCAUGUUUUUAAUAUUCGGUUGGAAGCUGCCCAGUGUGGCUGGGGAAACCCAGACAGAUGGGCAGGGUAUAAAUAACAAAUUCUUCUUCUUCUUCUUCUUCUUCUUCUUCUUCUUCUUCUUCUUCUUCUUCUUCUUCUUCUUCAUUAUUUCACUUUCCUAUGUCUAGUUCUCCAAAGUAUUAUACAGUAUAGCAUGUUUUAUAGCUGCGAAGUAAUUGACACUGAAAAGUAAAUUAUUACUCACUUGCUGUCUUUCACUUGUCCCAUCCUCAGGGUCUCGCAUAUGUUUGGGAAUGCAGCUGGCAAAGAUCGAAAUCUUCAUCUUCCUGACAAGCCUGCUGAGAACAUUCAGCUUCCAACUGCCAGAAGGAGUGAAAGAACUCAAUCAAGAGCCUUUACUUGGGACUACAACACAUCCCCAUCCUUAUAAACUCUGUGCUAUUCCCCGUGGCAAUGCAAACCUCUGAUUUUGUUUAAAAGCACCAUUUUCCUCUCAAUGUCCCUCUAGUCCUACUUUACUCAAACUUCUGUCAUUGCUUAAAAUAGACACUUUCCCCCUUUUAGUGUAAAACCCAUCUCACAAUAUUCAAACCGGACGGCAGCAUGCUGUUGGCCAUGUGAAGGUGUCAGUUGCUUGCACAUUUAUAUUUUCCGUUGCUUAAUAAGAGUAGAAAGACAUAAGAGGAACUUUGCUGGACCAGGCAAGAUAGGACCCGUCUAGUCCUCCAGAUGUCUGUGGGAAGCCUCCAAACAGGAAACUGAAUGCAACAGCACUCUCCUCACUUACAAUUUCCAGAAAGUGAUAUCCAUAGCCACAGCGUAGGCAGAACACAGCCCUUGUGGUUUGUACCCAUUGAUAGCUUCACCCUCCAUGAACCUAUCUGAUUCUUUUUCUGAGCCAUCCAAGUUGAUUGGAAUCGCUACAUCUUCUGGGAGCAAAUUCCAUAGUUUAAUGCUGCAGAAAUGUUGUAUUGCUCCUCACUUGAACUUAAUGAACCAGAAAGGGCGUGAGUCAAGCAUAUGUGUUAUGGUCAGAAGUCCCUUUGCCAGGGAUCAAUGAAGGUUUUGAUAGCAUAGUUAGAUAUAUCAGCCAGACACUCACAAGUAAAGGCCUUGGAAAAGCUACCUCCAUCUAUGUGAAGUGCUGCUAGUAAGCUUUUCUCAUUUGUACUACUGACUUAAUAACAGUAAUAGCAAUAAUGAUAAUUAUGAUAAUGAUAAUGAUAAUAAUAAUAAUAAUAAUAAUAAUAAUUCUCUUUCUCUUUCUUGGGCAGCAGCUGCUACUUUAAUUUUUUUAUUUUUUAUUUUGACAAAGUGAUAAUAAAUAAAUAAGAAUAAAAAUGUGCACCCUACCCCCGAGACCAUUCCAUUGUAACUAUCCAACCUCCCAAAAUUUCAACACCUCUUGUGAUAGUUUGACCCCUUUCUGUUUUAGCUGCACAAAUUCUACAAACACCUUCCGUGUCUCCUGCAUAUUCCCCGUCUUACCUUAAUAGCAUGUGUUAAUUUAUCAUUAAUAGCUAUAUUAAGGGCUAUUGACAUGAGGUCCUGGCUGAGGGCUUCCCAUGGGCAUUUGCACAUUGAAAUGUUCAUCUUCCUGACCAGCCUGCUGAGGGCAUUCAGUUUCCGGUAUACCUGAAGGAGCGUCUCCACCACCAUCAUUCUGCCCGGACACCGAGGUCCAGUGCUGAGGGCCUUCUGGCAGUUCCCUCGCUGCGAGAAGCCAAGUUACAGGGAACCAGGCAGAGGGUCUUCUCGGUAGUGGCACCCACCCUGUGGAACGCCCUCCCACCAGAUGUCAAAGAGAAAAACAGCUACCAGACUUUUAGAAGACGUCUGAAGGCAGCCCUGUUUAGGGAAGCUUUUAAUGUUGAACAGGCUAUUGUAUUUUAAUAUUUUGUUGGAAGCCGCCCAGAGUGGCUGGGGAAACCCAGCCAGAUGGUUGGGGUAUAAAUAAAGUAUUAUUAUUAUUAUUAUUAUUAUUAUUAUUAUUCCAGCUGCCAGAUGGAGUGAAAGAACUCAAUAAUGAGGCUGUACCAGGGGCUACAGCACAUCCUAAUCCUUAUAAACUCAGUGCAAUUCUCCACUGCAACACACAAUAAAAUAGGAAAAUAUUAGGGGCUGCACCCCUGCUUCCUUCACUCAGCAACCCCUUGGCCACUCCUGACACAUGAACCCCCUAGAAUUUCCCCUUCCCUUCCCAUCUCAUCCCAUGCAACUACUGAGGUGCCUUUUCACCUUUGCAGCUCCAUUUCUGAAGCCACUUCUCUUAUUUUCUGCAGCUCUGCAUUGCACCCAUUUUCACCUUCACCCCAUCUCAUCCUGUUCUUUUGCCUCUGCUUUCAUCUUCAUCCCUUUCCCCAUGCCUCCUACUCCCUCCUUUUGGGCAACUUCCUUUGCAUCCCCAUUCUUACUCUCAGUCCCUUUUUUCCUCCACCCUCUCCUUACUUUUGUCUCCCUUACACACAGAUCAUUCCUAUUCACACAGCUUCUCCUCUCUUUCCAAUCUCUUCCUUCUCAUGGCCCUAUCAGACUAUAGAUAAUUUUUGUACACAAAUGCAUCUACAUUUGUGCCAAUAAGUGCAUUCAUUUGUGAAAAUAACCUACAAAAAUGCAUUAAAUAAGAAGAAAUGGCUUGAAAAUAUGUGGGUAUUAGUCAAUACCAGGAAGGGAAGAAUACCCAGCCAGUUUCUCAGCCCACUAGCAGUGACACCCCAUUGCAGAGUUUUCUUAUGCAAAAUAGGCAUAUUUCACUAUUUCAAGUAGCGUGAUUGGUCUGCAUAUAAGUCUAGCACUUUCACUCAUUCAGGGUACUGUCUUACCACAAACCCUGUUAUUUUCUCAUAUGUGUGUGUGUGUGUGUGUGUAAAAAGCAGAAUACAGUGGUACCUCGUGUUACAGACAGGAUCCGUUCUGGAGGCCUGUCCGUAACGUGAAAUGCCCCAAACUCAAAGUGCUGUGUCUGCGCAGCGUGAUUUGGCGCUUCUGCGCAUGCGUGAGCGGCGGAACCUGGAAGUAACGCAAAAAGACGCAACAUGAAGCGGACGCAACACAAGGUAUGACUGUAUAAGCGUUGUUUUUUACUACAUGAACCAGGAAGCUAAUCAAUAAAUAAUCCCAUUUCAGAGUCCUCCAACUCAGCAUAGUUUUUUUCAGCACACUACAUGAUUCAUUGGGAUGUGUGUUUAUAAAUACACAGGCAGUUUUGUAAUACUAUGAAAAAUGUACGACUUUAGUAAAAAGGCUGCAAUCCUAUACAAUGGGAGCAGGUAAAAUUUCUGUUUAUAUGAGAUGGAGGAGGAUGAUAGUCUUCUUAGGGAUAUAACAGAGCACCGACAGAACAGAACACCAACCAGAAGCAGCACCUCAACACCUUCCACAUACACUGUGUCAGGAAGAUUUAGGGAAUCAUAUGACAGCACAGAGUCUCAAACAAAGAUGUUCUCUUUCAAGCCCAUAAAAUUACAAGCUUUACUCUCUUCCCUUGGAUGUGGAAGAUUGCUGGAGGGGAGAGAAGCUGUGAUAUCUUCCAUAUUACCAUAAUCCCGAAUUAAUCCAGAGUAAAUGGAUUAGGUUCUCCGUAUGUUCACUAGACAUCCAUGAAGAUAUGCUGGGUUGCUGAUGGUACUGCCCAAAGGCAAUGGGAAUCCUGUAGAGAUAAUUGCUUUUAUAUGUUAUUAAUAAAUAUAAUUUGCAUGUUUUGGGAGAGCCAUGUUCCCACAAAUACUAUAGAACCAGUAAUAUGGGAGAGAGAAGAAGAAGAAGAAGAAGAAGAAGAAGAAGAAGAAGAAGAAGAAGAAGAAGAAGAGUUUGGAUUUGAUAUCCCGCCUUUCACUCCCCUUCAGGAGUCUCAAAGCGGCUAACAUUCUCCUUUCCCUUCCUCCCCCACAACAAACACUCUGUGAGGUGAGUGGGGCUGAGAGACUUCAAAGAAGUGUGACUGGCCCAAGGUCACCCAACAGCUGCAUGUGGAGGAGCGGAGACGCGAACCCGGUUCCCCAGAUUACAAGACUACCGCUCUUAACCACUACACCACACUGGCUCUCCAGUGAUUUGUUCAGCUGUUCACUGUGAUUUGUUCAGAUUUGUUCACACUGGCUCUCCAGAGAGUGAUUUGUUCAGCUGUCAAAUUUUCAUUUACAGCUUCUACUAAAACGAGUGGAUAUGGGAAUCAGAAACAGAUGCUUCACUCACUGAGCUCCAAGAUACCGGGAUGCCAGCAGGUUAGGAAAGGCUGAUCUCAACCAUGAUACCAAACAGGCGUCCAAAAGAAGUUGGGUCAUGGAACAUGUUACUGGGCUUCUUCAUGGUAAUUACUGGUUUUUGUUUUUACUUCCCUUGAAGCUCUAUGAAAUGUUCCCUUGAGUCAUGAAGCAUCUUCCAGGGCCACACAAGAAGGCGUUGUCCUCUAGGGAGUUUAUGCUUUUAUUUGCAAAGGAGGAGAUAAAGAAGCAUAAAGAACAUCAUCUGCUACGUGAACCACAGGAUUUCACUGAUUUCUAUCUACUUCAGAUGGAGAAACUAAGUAUCUGUUUUGUAUGUGAACAUGGUUAAUUCAAAGAGUCAUUACAUUCCCUGCAAGGAUUUUAGGGCCACCAUCAGGAUUUUGUGGGUUGCUGAUAAUAUUUGCAUUCAGUGCCCCCUCAACAGCACUUCCCAGAGAUUAUUGUUAACUAGUAAAGUGGAUUACAAAACCCACAUGUGCCUGCAUUGAAAAUAAUGAAAAAACAAAUGCUUUAAUAAAUUUGAUGGCAAAUAUGAUUGAAUGGCCAAGGGUUCAAAAUGGUGCCUAAUGUAUGUUAAAGGAUAUUCUUGGUGUAAUUAUUAGUGUAAGGUUUAAUCUCUGUUCCAAACUGAAACAUCUUACACUACUCAGUGGUGGAGGAAGGGGGCAAGGGAGGACAAAAAAGUUGGUUUCCAGGUGGAAAAAUCAAAAUUGGAAACAGAAUUGUUAGAUUCCAAAAUUAAGAAUUUGUCAAAAAUGUAUAACUUGCUGUUGAAAUGGAAUACUCAGGAUGAAACAGUGAAAUCAGCAAUGAAAUCAACUAUGAUUAAAUGGGCACAAGAUGUAGGACAUAAUAUUAUGAUGGCUGACUGGGAACAGUUAUGGACCACAGGUAUGAAGUUUACGGCAUGUAAUGCCCUAAGAGAGAAUAUAAUGAAAAUGACCUACAGGUGGUACAUGACACCAGUCAAGCUUGCAAAAAUAUACCACUUGCCCGAUAAUAAAUGUUGGAAAUGCAAAGAGACUGAAGGCACAUUUUUUCACCUUUGGUGGACGUGCCCAAGGAUUAAGACAUUCUGGGAGAUGUAGUUUCAAUCACUACAAAUUCUGGACAAAAUGGAUUGUUUCAAGAAGUGGCAGAGAGAUAUUUCUAGAUUUGUCUGGCAGGGCAAGAAGCCCAGAAUAAAAUUUAAAAUAUUAACUGAUGUAAAGGAAAGAGGGGGAUUUGCCCUGCCAGACUUUAAACUUUAUUAUGAAUCAGCAGCAUUCUGCUGGUUGAAAGAUUGGCUGCUUCUUGAGAACACAGACAUUUUGGAUCUAGAAGGUUUCAAUAAUGUUUUUGGGUGGCAUGCAUAUUUAUGGUACGACAAGGUUAAAGCACAUAAAGCAUUUAAAAACCAUAUUGUCAGGAAAGCAUUGUUUAAUGUCUGGACAAGAUAUAAAGACUUACUUGAAAAUAAAACCCCAAGGUGGUUGUCACCGAUGGAGGCAAAGGCCCUGAAAAAGCUCAAUAUGGAGGCCAAGUGGCCGAAAUAUUGGGAAAUCUUGGAGCAAGAAGGAGACAAAUUGAAAUUGCAGAGUUUUGAGAAACUAAAAGACAAAGUGCGAGACUGGCUUCAUUAUUAUCAAAUAAGAGAGGCUUAUAAUUUAGACAAAAAAAUUGGCUUCCAGGUGGAAAAAUCAAAGUUGGAAACAGAACUGUUAGAUCCUAAAACAAAGAUACUUUCAAGAAUGUAUAACUUGCUGUUAAAAUGGAACACUCAGGACGAGACGGUUAAAUCUGCUAUGAUUAAAUGGGCACAGGACGUUGGACAUAACAUUAUGUUUGCUGACUGGGAACAGUUGUGGACCACAGGUAUAAAAUUUACAGCAUGCAAUGCCCUAAGAGAGAAUAUUAUGAAAAUGAUAUACAGGUGGUACAUGACCCCAGUCAAGCUUGCAAAAAUCUAUCACUUACCCGAUAAUAAAUGUUGGAAAUGUAAAGAAACUGAAGGUACAUUCUUUCACCUGUGGUGGACGUGCCCAAGGAUUAAGGCUUUCUGGGAGAUGAUUUAUAAUGAACUAAAAAAGGUAUUUAAAUAUACCUUCUUGAAGAAGCCAGAGGCCUUUUUCCUGGGCAUAGUCGGCCAAUUGGUGGCAAAGAAGGAUAGAACUUUCUUUAUGUAUGCAACAACAGCAGCAAGAAUACUUAUUGCAAAGUAUUGGAAGACACAAGAUUUACCCACCCUGGAAGAGUGGCAGAUGAAGGUGAUGGAUUAUAUGGAAUUGGCGGAAAUGACUGGCAGAAUCUGAGACCAGGGAGAAGAGUUGGUGGAAGAAGAUUGGAAGAAAUUUAAAGACUAUUUGCAGAAAUACUGUAAAAUUAAUGAAUGUUAAAAUGAUGUUGGAUUGAAAAUAAGUGGUUUUGGUAAUAAGGUUAAAAAGAAUGUGCAAAUAUAGAUGGUCAUAUGGACGAAAAUAUAUAGUUAUAAUAGGUUAAGACACAGAGUAAAGAUAAAUGAAAGAGGGUAAGGAUUUGCUGAAAGGAUUUUGUAAAUGGGAAUACAAAAAGGGGAGGUGUGAGGAGGUCAAGGAAAUAAGUAAAUGAGCCUAAAGAUAUUGAAAAAUUAAUUUUUCUUUAAUUUUUUUUUUUUAGCCAUCUGUUUUUUGUAUUUUGUAUUUUCUUUCUUUUUUUUCUUCUUCUGCUAGGUCUUUUUUUUUUUUUUUGGUAAUUUUUGUAUUUUUCUUGUUAUCUUUUUUCUUUUCCUGUCUAUGUUUUCCUUUUAGAUUGUUAAACCUAUGUUUAUUGUAAAAUCCUAAUAAACAUUUUAUAAAAAUAUAUAUAUAAUGAAAUGAAAAAGGUAUUUAAAUAUACCUUUCUGAAGAAACCAGAGGCCUUUCUCCUGGGCAUGGUCAGCCAAUUGGUGCCAAAAAAGGAUAGAACCUUUUUUAUUUAUGCCACAACAGCAGCAAGAAUACUCAUCGCGAAGUAUUGGAAGACACAAGAUCUACCCACCCGGGAAGAAUGGCAGAUGAAGGUGAUGGACUACAUGGAAUUGGCGGAAAUGACUGACAGAAUCCGAGACCAGGGAGAAGAGUUGGUGGAAGUAGAUUGGAAGAAAUUUAAAGUUUAUUUACAGAAACAUACUGAAAGAGACUCCAAAUAUUUCCUAUCUUUGGAUAUACUUGGUGCCCUUUGGACACCCUUGUUAGAAGUGGCACCAUGAAUGGAGGCUGCAGGAGGAGUGGACCUGGACGAACUAGAAGAAGAAAGAAAGAAAGAAAGAAGAAGAAGAGAAGGAAGAAGAAGAAGAAGAGGUAGACGGAUUAUAAAAUUAGUAAUAAAGAAUUUAAAAUGGCGAAAAUGGCGUUAAAAUUAUGGACCUGGAAUAUUAAUGGGAUUAACGAGGGGGAAAAAAACGAAAUAAAAUUGAACAACAUUUAAAAAAGAAAAAUUUGGAUAUCAUCUGUCUACAAGAAACUCAUGUGGCAAUAAGACAUAAAAAAAAUUAAUUAAUAAAAAACUGGGAAACGAAUUUGUAUCUUUGGAUAGGAGUAAAAAGAGAGGGGUAGUUUUGUAUAUCAGGAAAAAAAUUGAGGCUCAACAAAUUUUCAAAGAUGAAGAAGGCAGAGUUAUGGCAGUUCAAAUUAAGUGGCAAGAAGAAAAAAUAAUAAUUGUCGGGAUCUAUGCACCAAAUGGAAAUAAGACAGAAGAAGAAAAAUUGUUUGAUUACAUGGAUCAGAAAAUUAUAAUAAUGGGAGACCUGAAUGGAGUGGUGUCAGUGGAAAUGGAUAGAUUGAGAACAACAGGGGUGAGUAAAGAUGGGAAAUUACCUAAGACUUUUUUCUCAAUGAUAAAGAAUUGCAAUCUGAUUGACAUUUGGAGACUUAGACACCCACUGGAGAAACAGUUUACGUUCUACUCAGAACCAAAUCAAUCCAUGUCAAGAAUAUUGGGUAUUGGUCUCAAAUGAAUUAACACCAAGAAUCUCGGAAAUUGAAAUUCAACCAAGAGUGAUUUCGGAUCAUAGUGCAAUAAAAUUUGAAUUAAAAGGUUUUGAAGAAAGAACGUUUAGAUGGAGAAUGAACGACUACCUUCUAGAUGAUCAGAAAGUAGCAGAAAACGCUCAAAAGAAUCUGUCAGAAUAUUUUGUAAACAACUGCAAUAAGGGAACAAAAAUGAGUAUGGUUUGGGACGCCAGCAAAGCUGUGAUGAGAGGAUUUUUUAUUCAGAAAAUAAUGAGUUGAAAAAGAUGUUGAGAUGUACGUUUGUUAAAAAACCAGAGGCCUUCCUAUUAGGAUUGGUAGGUAAUGAAAUUAAUAAGAAAGAUUGUAAACUUUUUCAAUACGCAGUAACAGCAGCAAGAUUACUUCUGGCGCAAAGAUGGAAGCAGGAAGAAAUUCCAACAGUGGAAGAAUGGAGAAUGAAAUUGACUGAAUACGCAGAAUUGGAUAAAUUGACUGGGAAGAUUCGAUAUCAGAAAGACCAAAAGUUUAUUGAGGACUGGGGGAGAUUUACAGAAUAUCUGAAAAGCAUAUGUGAUGAACAGACAACGCUUGUUGGUUUUGAAGAGACUGUGAAAAAUUAAGAAAUAUUGUAAAAAAGAAAGUAGGAGAAAGGAAGAGGAAUGGUUAAAUGCAAUAAUAAGUUUAGAAAUGCGUCAACAAUAGAAAUUUUAACGAAAGAUUGGCAGAGAAACUGAGGGAAGUCAACAAUUGAUGAAUGAGUGAUUAAAUAUGAGCUGAUUGUAUAAAAAUGUUUGGAAAAUGAAUAAAAAUUAUUAUAAAAAAAAAACCAGAAACAUAACCAGUGCUUUUUUAAAAAGGGGUACUCAAAUGUCUGCAGUACUGGCACCUCUUUUUUGUUGUUAAAAAGUGUGGCACUUACUGUAACAACUUCACGGUGAGUACCGGCACCUCUUUUUCUAGAAAAAAGGACAGAUGUUAAUGUUUCCGGGAUCACCCCAGUUCAAAUUGUAAUUUGGGGUACACAAACUGCCAAUGCAAACCACUAUUAAUGCACUUCGAUGCUCAUCAACCCACACUGGAUUUGUGCAGAUGAAGCCACUAUCUUUGCACCAUCAUUCCAAAAUUACAUGGGAAGAAGCUGACUUGGAAAGGGGUGUGGUUUCCUUUUAUUACAUUUCAUUGUACAUGGCUUUUGAAGGGCAUUGGAGAGAUCCUUUCUUCUUCUUCUUUGGUGAUCACUCGUAGCAGAGUAAGAUUGUCUCCCAUUAACACGGUUUUAACAGUGAGUCUGUAAGUGACUGUGGAGGCCAGUUCUGGAUCAACAUGUCCUUCCAUAGUGGGGACAUAGGUUUCUGGGCGGGAAUCUAUUCAAAGAUAAUUACAUUAAAACCUGGAAAGGAAUAAAAAGAGAUUUAGAAAUCUGGAAUAAGUUAAGAUUAUCACUUGUUGGCAGAAUAUCGGUGGUUAAAAUGAACGUAUUGCCGAAAAUGAUGUAUCUAUUCCAAAUGAUACCGAUAAGUGGAGGAAUGGGAAGUCUUAGAUUAUGGCAAAAAGAGAUAUCCAAAUUCAUAUGGCAGUAUAAAAAACCAAGAAUUAAACACAAACUUCUAAUAGAUAAAAAACAUAGAGGUAGACUGGCCCUACCUGACCUAAAUUUAUAUCACGGCGCAGUCUGUUUAAAUUGGCUAAAAGAGCGGAUUGUAUUAAAAGAUGAUGAUUUGUUAGAUCUAGAAGGAUUUAACAAUCGUUAUGGUUGGCAUGUGUAUUUAGCUUAUGAAAAAGGGAAAGUACACAAGGGAUAUAUGAACCAUGUCAUAAGGAAAUCAUUAUAUAAAACAUGGGCAAAAUAUAAGGCUCUCCUAGAACCGAAAACACCAUGGUGGGCAUCACCUCUAGAAGCAAUCACAAUAAAAAAAGAAAAAUAUGGAAUUAGAAUGGGCCACAUAUAAAGAUAUGAUUAAGGAAAAAGAUAAUAAAUUGGUAAUUGAAGAUUAUGAGGAAAUUAAACAACACCUUACGGGUUGGAUCCAGUACCAUCAAUUGUUCAGGACAGAUAAGAAAAAAGGUUUCUCAAAUGAACCUUCAUUAUUUGAAAAAGUGUUAUUACAAAACCAAACCUAGGUAAUAUCAAAAAUGUAUGAUACAUUAGUGGAGUGGGAGGUCAAAGACGAACAGGUCAAGGAGGUAAUGAUCAAGUGGGCUUUAGAUACUGGGAAAACCAUUAACUUAACAGCAUGGGAAGAACUAUGGAGAAAGAACUGGAAAUUUACAGCCUGUGAAGUACUGAGGGAAAAUCUAAUUGAAAUGUUUUAUAGAUGGUUGUUGUUGUUGUUUAGUCGUUUAGUCGUGUCCGACUCUUCGUCACCCCAUGGACCAGAGCACGCCAGGCACAUCUGUCUUGCACUGCCUCCCACAGUUUGGUCAGACUCAUGUUUGUAGCUUUGAAGACACUAUUCAACCAUAUCGUCCUCUGUCAUCCCCUUCUCCUUGUGCCCUCCAUCUUUCCCAACAUCAGGGUCUUUUCCAGGGAGUCUUCUCUUCUCAUGAGGUGGCCAAAGUAUUGGAGCCUCAGCUUCACGAUCUGUCCUUCCAGUGAGCACUCAGGGCUGAUUUCCUUAAGAAUGGAUAGGUUUGAUCUUCUUGCAGUCCAUGGGACUCUCAAGAGUCUCCUCCAGCACCAUAAUUCAAAAGCAUCAAUUCUUCGGCGAUCAGCCUUCUUUAUGGUCCAGCUCUCACUUCCAUACAUCACUAUUAUAGAUGGUACUUAACACCUACCAAAAUAGCUAAAAUGUAUAAGACAAAAUCAAUUCUGUGCUGGUGUUGUGGUAAAACAGAGGGGACACUUAUACAUGUUUGGUGGACCUGUAAAAAAUCAAAAGCUUCUGGAACUUAGUAUAUGAUGAGCUUAAAAAAAUGUUUAAGUAUAACUUUAUGAAAAAUACAGUAGCUUUUCUACUAGGGAUAACGGACACAGGUAUAGCAAGAGAAGAUCAGAAAAUAUUCCUCUAUGCCACAGGAGCAGCAAGGAUCCUAAUUGCUAAAAACUGGAAAAAAGAAACUGUGCCAACAAGAAAGGAAUGGCAAGACAAACUUUUAGAGUAUAUUGAACUGGCUAGAUUAACAGAGGCAAUUAGAGACCACACUAGACAAGAUUUUCAAAAAGCAUGGGGAAAAUGCAGAGAAUACUUCACAAAACAGUGGCCUAAAAUACAUACCUGGACUUGUUUCGAUGAAUGUCUGCAGGAGACUUUGUGGAUAUUUACGUUAUAAUUAGAAAAAUCUUAAUUCAUAAAGGAAACAGUUUAUAAGAAGUAAAUAAGGAGGCAAGAUACAGGAUAAAGGAAGUCUUUUAUUUGGUUGUUUGUAUUGUUGUAUGUUAUGCUCAUUGUAUGUUAUGUUCACGCUUAUUGAGGGUGGAUUUCUGUGGGGGGGGGUUAUGUUAGGUUGUAAAUAAAAUUUCCAAUAAAAAUUAAAAUAAUAAUAAUAAGAAAAUCAUGUCCACUGUCCUCCUAGAAGGCCGAAAACCAUUUUGGGAUUCAGGAAGAGUUGCCUGGGAUGUUGUUAAGAGACAGUUUGUUAAGAUCCUUGCAAUAAUUUUGCCGGCUGCAGCUAAUAAAGAAAAGCCUUGAGAUUGAUAAUUUUGGCAGCCCUAAAACCUGCUGGGAUCUCCUCUCUCUCCCAGAUUUUUUUCAAUGAGCUUGUGAAGUUGUUGUACAAGUUCAAUCCCACUCACUUUGAAGACUUCAGCAGGUAUUCCGUCAGGUCCACUGGCUUUGUUAUUUUUCAUGUGAUUAAUAGCGGUACACAACUCUCCCAGAUUUGGAGAUACUGCAAGCUACAGGGGAGUUGCGGUUAAGGAGAAGUUGGUAAUAUUCUUUCCAGCGCAGUGCAAUAGCUUCUUUAUCUUUUAGAAGUGUGGUACCUUCUGCUGAGUCUAGGGGGCAUAUACCAUGAUUUAUUGGCCCAUAGAUGGUCUUUGUGGCUUUAAAGAAACUCUGUGCAUCAUGAGUGUCAGCUAAGUGCUGGAUCUCUUGAGCUUUUUUAAUCCACCAGGUGUUUUUUAGUUCUCUGGUUCUUCUUUGAACCUCAGCCUUAGUGUUGACAUCGGGUUUUUUCCUUAGUAGCACAGUUUUUAUCUCUUUGCCAUAUCUGAAAGGCCUUCCUUUUUUUUGUUUUUUUGUUAAUAAUGCGUUCAAUUUCACUGUCAUUUUCAUCAAACCAGUCCUGGUGUUUCUUGGUUUGGUAUCUAAUAGUUUGUUUACAGGCAGCAAUAAUGGAUGUUUAUAGCUUGGUCCAAUGUUUCUCAAUGGAGGAUUGUUCCUCAAUCAGGGAAUUCCAAAAGCAGAUGGUCCUUAAGAAUCGUUUGGAAGCAGUCCCACCUGAUAGGCUCUUGAAGGGCUUGAGUGUUCAUUUUGUGCCUUCAUUUCCUUCCUUGAAGCCUGCGUUGAGGUAUAAGCUUGAUAGCCAUCAUGAAAAGUAUUAAUCAGUGCUCUGUCAAGCAGUUGUCGGCACUUGUCAUACCUCUGGUAAGGAGCACAUUAUGGUGAUCUUCAGCUCAGAGAAUUACAUAGUCUAAGAGGUACCAGUGGUUUGACCGAGGAUGCCUCCAUGAUGUUUUCAAGUUAUUUUUCUGUCAAACGCGUGUGUUGUUAAUAAGAAGGUUGUGUACUGCACAUAUUAAAAGUAAGAUUCCAUUCUGGUUGCUGUUACCAAUUCCUUCUUUCCCAUUAGUCCCAGGCCACAGAUCGAAAUCUUGCCCAACUCUAGCAUUAAAAUCACCCUCCUUAGGCAUCUCUGAUAAUGUCUUCAUUGGCAUCCAGUGUUGGUGCAUAAGCACUUAGAAUAGUAGCCUGCUGGUUUUGGGCAAGUUUUAUUCGAAGGGUUGAAAGUCACUCAUUAAUACCAGUAGGUAUUAAGAUAAGAGCUUCACAAAAUCCAUCUUGAUAGCAAAGCCUACUCCAUGUAUUCAACAUUCUUGUUCAGGUAGACCUUUCCAGAAGAAUGUGUAGCCUCCUUUUUCUUCCUUCAGUUGUCCCUCACCUGCUCUUUGAGUUUCUUGAAGCGCUGCAAUAUCGAUGUUAAAACGUCAAAUCUCUCUUGCAAUGAUGGCACUUCUGCGUUUGGGACGCUCCUUAUCUGUACUAUCCUACAAAGUCUGUAUAUUCCAAGUUCCAAAGUUCAAUUGUCUUUUACGACCACUGGGUGGUUACCCCACUGGGCGUGGUAACCCAGUCAUGGGAAAAGGGAGGCAGACUAUGUUUAGGGCACUUUUUCUAGCCCCUCCCCCUUUUCAGGGUGAACAGAGUGGAUCCUAAGUAGGGCUGCUUAGUCAUGGAUACAGUUGCUGAGCUGCUCAGCAACUGUAUCAUUUCUUGUGUCAGAACAAAGGAAUCUGUAUCCAGUGCCCAUGUUCAUGAUUAGGGGCUUCCUGCCACGGUUACCAUUUGCUGGCUGUGGGACUUUUUUGGGUUUGGGUUUGGGAUGGGUUUUGGGGAAGAUGCCUGUGCGUGAAUUUGUUUUAUGGGUGUAGAUCUGUGCAUGCUGACCAACGCACAGUCUCUGCAGUAAGGCUCUGUUCCGAUGGCAUGAGUAGUCACGACUAGAGGUAGAUUCUUAUCUGCUGCAGCCUUCAUCCACCUUCACAGCCAUUGUGACAUACUGCUUGUUAUCAUCCGCCUGUUAUGCCAUUGAGGACUUCUUGGAUCAUUUUUUGUCUAGCUCCUCCCUUUUGAACUUACCGCCUUGGGUGACCUUGCUGGGAGUACGAGACUCCCAACGGCUUCACUCACAAGGGUCAUAGGACUGUGGAAGCCCACUGACCACAACAAGGUGAUGAUCCAACAAGUGAGGAUCCUUUCCUAUACCCUUUACAAAUGCCAUGUUAUGAGUUUGAGGGGGAGUAGACUGAAUGCCGAUACCCUUCUAAUGCCUCGGCCCUGCUUGUAAUUCUUGGAAUAGUCAGACUAGCUUCCUGGUGAGAAAAUGGGUGGUUAAGGUAACAUAGGAAGUGGGUCUGUGCAAGAUGGGAAAUGGAUGGGGGCCCUCCUCCAACUCACAGGUAGUUAGAAAGACAAAGGCAGGAUUGGGAGCGGAAAGUGAAGUGACGAGCUUGAAUGCUAGAAGCAGCAAGCUGGGAAGCGAGAGAAACAACAAUGUUUGAUUUGAAUCCAAGGCUGUGGCUAUGGGGGAAACAAGGCCAUAUUGGGGUGCUGGCUGUGAAUUCCUCCAUUGUAGGCUCAGGCUGUAUAUAUGUGUAAGUAAAACAUAUAUCAUAAAGACACCACAGUCUCUGUUGUGCCUCAUUCCAAAGGAAACACGAACCCUGGGUAAGUGCCUGGAACUCUUGGAAUCUUGAACCACUUGGAGACUGGGGUGGCGAGCAACAGGCAUUUUAGAUGACUACUUCAGUCCAUGACUGUGUGCAAGUAUCUUCCUACAAAUUUACCUGUAAAACAAAGUAUUAGGUGUUGCGCUAGGAAGACCCCCCCUAAGUCAGAUAGAUUUUGUGUGGCCUGCAAUUAAUUCCAACAUUUCACCUUUUCCAUUAUCAUCAACAGAGCAAGGAUGACCCCAACUCUACCUUUGAUGAAGACAACCUGGCAGAGUGUGUUCUUGACCUCUUUAUCGCAGGGACAGAGAUGACUGCUGCUACUCUGCAGUGGGCACUGCUCCUCAUGGUGUCUUAUCCAGAUGUUCAAGGUGAGGGAGAACUUUGCAAUGGAAGCAAGUACCUCCCUGGAUCCCUAUAGAGAAGAGCUUAGAUUUAUUUGCUUUUUAGUAGCUGAUUGUAAUUCUUCCAAGGUUUCAUAAUGGGUGGGUGACAGAAGUUUGUUCACAGUUUCACCCAAAUGGUACAACCUUUCCUCAUGGGGUGUUACUCCAGCCCCAUAAUCAUUGUGUGUUGCCUUUUUCUGAACCUUUUUUAUAAAAGUAGUUAGUAGUUAGUAUGAUGGAAAUAGGCAACUCACCCAAAACCAGUUUAUCUGUUGUGAAUGUGUUUUCUUGUCUUUGUGGUGACUGUAUUGUUUUGUUUUAAGAUUGCUGGACUUCUGAUUCGAAACAAAAUGUUUUACUAUUUCUCAUAAAGGUAAAAUGCUGCUAGGCAUAAUACUGCAAACUUAGGUGUUGUUUACUUCUGCUCAGUCACCAAGAUCUGCUGACUUGUUUCAUCUAGUUUUGACUAACAUUUGCUCUCCAGUCCUUAGAACAAACAGUGACCUAUUUCCACAGUAAUCAAGAGAUCAUUCCCAGAAAACUGGGAACGUUAUUUGAUUCCAGAUUUUCUAGUAACACUAGGAUUUCCUCACAGAGAAGUAUAGAGUGUGCCAUUUCCUAGUUCUAUGUGGAAAAAAAUGCAUAAAAAUGCUUUUAUUUUGGGAUUUUGUUUGGCAUUUAACUUCUAGGCCCCUCUAUAUCCCAGCAGACUCCAGAAGAGAGGCCUGUCUUCAGGGAAAGGGGAUUCUGCCCAGUCUUGCUGACAGGCUGAUGAUACACAAAACCCCUAUGAAAAGAACCCCUUCAGAAACUUGGGAAGGGGAUGUCAAUGACUUGAAUUCAUUUCAGGUUUGGUCUGCUUCCUAGAUAUGCUUCAGCUCCUGGGCAGCAUCUGCUUUGCUCUCAGAAAUGGGAGGAUAGGCAGCUUUGCCAAGAGGGGAAGCCCCCAUUUUGUCCUUGCCUCAAGGGAUAGCUGCUAAGGAUAGGAGGAACACAGAGCUGCCCUACCUUUCCCUUCUGUGGUCGCCUCAGUGCUUGGUCUUUUGUCAGCCACUAACUCUUCUCCUCAGGAGGGAAGGGAAGAGGCAGCUGUUCUCUCAGGAGAAUAGGGAGCCAGAGCUCUCAUUAUACUUAAUUCCUAACAACCAUUUUAAGUACCACCACAAGGAGAUGCUGGUUUCCCCCCUCACACUCCAUCCACUGGGAAGCCCCCCCCCCAAUAUGAACCCCCAAUUAACCAAGAGUGCUACUAAUUUUCACUCAGUCCUGCUGUUAGGCUGUUAGCCAUCCUUUUCCCCUUUCCUGCACUGUCUCUCUGAGGCACUGAGAGGAAAAGGCAGGCCAGAGUGACCAGGCUGCUGCUGGUUACAUUCCUGAGGUAAACAAAAGUGAGGAGAGGCCCCAGAGGACUCUGUGGGGCACCUUCACUCCUCCUUUAGUAUUUGUGGGCUGUAGUUGUGGCCAAAUGCCAUUUUGCUGCUGUGGCAAGCUGCUUAAUCCCUGCUACUCCUGCCACCUCCAUGGCUUUUUUUACAUUGCAUCCAAAGAUGGCAGCAGCAGGAGGGUUGGUUGGCCCUCAAUCCGACUCAGGAUAUUCAUCGCCAGCUCUCCUCCUCUGCCACAUGCUUGUGCCUGCUUUGCAGAUUUCACCACAGAGGUGUUUGCCUUGGGGUAUGGCUGAACAGGGCACAGUGUGGGUCGCCACUGUGGCCACUCUGCCAGGAGGAAGACAGGGAGAAAUGAGCAGCCAUAGAAUUGUGCUAACUAGCCUCCAUGCACUGGCUGCAAUCCUGUUUUGUGUGGGAGAGAAGCCAGGCGCUGAGUUUCAGUAAGGGCAGAACUGAGUGGGUGAAAGAAACAUUUGAUCUGGCUCCUGGUGAAAUAGUCUUCCCAGAGAGUAAGGAACUCCCCUCUGAAUUUGUGGAAACAUGAGAAACUGGCUGCUGCUGAGUCAGGGCCAGGGUCCAUCCAGCUCAGUAUUGCCUACACUGGCUGCCAUCAGCUCUCCGGGAUUUCAGGGAAGGAACAUUCCCAGCCCUACCUGGAGAUUCUGGGAAUUGAAUCACGGACCUUCUGCAUGCAAAGCAGAUGUUCUACCACAGAGUAAUAGACCUUUUCCACAUGCAGCUGCAUUCAAGGUAUUUAAUUGUUAACUUCUUAUUUUCAGGGUGCUGCCAGCAUAUACCAAUGAGCCUCACUUAAUAUACCAGGGUCUUUUCACCCCACCCUAUUCAGCUUGAUUGUCAGAGGUUUCUCAGAUUUAAACCAGGGUAUUUUAAAAUAAAGCUUCAUUUCCCACUUUUUCCUGCAGAUAAAGUCUACAAGGAGAUGGAAGAUGUUUUUGGUCCCUCCCUUCCCAUUUGCUAUGAAGAUCGAAAGAAACUGCCUUACACCAACGCGGUGAUGCAUGAAAUUUUGCGUGCAAAAUAUCCCUUAUUAGUUGGGAUUCCCAGACUAAAUGCAAAGGAUUUGGAAAUGCAUGGUUUUCAUGUUCCAAAGGUACAGGAUAUAGAUAAGGCAGCAGUUGUAUAUUUUGAGAGCAAAGAGCACUUGAGAGUGGCACUUUAAAAGCACAUAUGCAGCACAAAAUCUGAGGGAGAAGGAUCUCCCCUCUCUCGAAAAGAAAUCUGAAGAUUAAUAAUCUGAAAGUUAAUAAAUUCUAUUAUGAGAAAUACAUGCUAUCUUCUGAUGCACCAAAUCAGGAUUUGAAUGAAAUAUUGUGCUUAUUGACUUUAUCUCUAUACAGUGGAAUCUUGGGUUGCUAACGUGAUCCUUGCGGGAGGCACAUUUGCAACCCGCAGCACUGCACCUGCGCACAUGCGGGUUGCGAUUUGGCACUUCUGCGCAUGCACAAAGCACGAUUUAGCAUUUCUGUGCAUGAGCGAGUGCCAAAAGCCAGAAGUAACCCGUUCCAGUAUUUCCUUGUUCGCCGCGGUGCGCAACCCGAAAACACAUAACCUGAAGCAUCUGUAACCCAAGGUACCACUGUAUGUGAGAAAUGUGUUAAGAUUUGGGGCAGUGAAUGGCAAAACUGCUUUCUGCUGUUCCAGAUGCAUUCUGAGACAGCUGUUUCUUCUUUUCAGGGGGCAUUUGUUGCUCCAGAUCUGAACUCUGUUCUUGUCGAUCCCACGCGAUGGGAAAAACCUGAAGAGUUCAACUCAAGCCACUUUUUGGACAAGGAUGGAAAUUUUAGGUCUAGAGAAGAAUUUUUGCCAUUUGGAGCAGGUAAACGUAGAAAUAAUUUAUGGUCAAGUUUAGCAGCUUGUUUCAAACAAACUGAUGGUCAAUGUUGAUUAAACAGAGUGUGGGACAUGAAUGGAUCCCCUGUGGUUUAAAAAAUCAGGUUGGGGUCAUCAUAGGUGCCUUCUCACACUGAGGAUAGUAGGUGCCUGCAAAGAAGGGCUUCAACUUUGCCCAUUGACUUUGUGGGGGCAUCAGAUGACUGACCCAAGAGGCCCAGGUCCCGGUGCCCAACACACCAAGGCAACUCGAUGGAGAUCAUGGACUGCCAGGUAUACCAGUUGCCCCAUUCCAACACAGAGAAAAUUUAUGUAGAGUUACAGAUAGAGGGGGCCCUGUGCUGUAUGGAGCUUGACACGGGUUCAACGCUAUCCAUAAUCUCGGCAAGAACCUUAAAGGAACUGUGCCCUAGCGGGGGUCCCAAACUCAAGCCGGCCCCAUUCACCUUCUGGGACUUCCAGAAACGUAAGGUCCCCACAAUGGGGGUGGGGACCUUCAGGGUGCAAUUUAUUGAGGACUUUCUUGUGGCCCCUACAUUAGCUUGCUGGGAGUGGCAUGGUUUGGACUGCUGGGGCAAGCCGUCACUGGGGUGACCCGCACGAGGUUACAAGUGGACGUGGACGUCAUAUGCAAAGUGUUUCUGGGGGUUUUUGAUGGGGCAUUGGGACAAUAUACCCCCCCAAUGCCCUACAGCUAGACCCCACCAUAUGACCCAUCAGGCUCAAGGCCCACUGGGUCCUAUUCGCCCUGAAACCCCGUAUAGACAAGGAAUUGGACCGGCUUAUGGAGCAAGGAGUGCUGGACCCGGUGCCUAAUGCUCCCUGGGAAACACCGAUACACCUCUCAAGCCUAAUGGUUGGGUCCGCAUCUGCACAGACUACGAAUAUACCAUAAACAAGGCCCUCACGGCCCAUGCAUACCCAGUGCCAGUAGUCAGCCAUGUCCUCACCAACCUGGCUGGGUGAAAUUUUUUGGCAAGCUGGAUCAAUUUUUUUUGGCAAGCCUAUCAACAGUUGCUGGUAGACGAGGCCACAGCAGAGGCACAGACAAUUGUGACGCACAGAGGAGCAUUCAGGAUAAGGCGGCUGCAAUUUGGUGUCAGCGUGGUGCCAGGCAUAUUCCAGAAUGUAAUGGACUCUCACCUUAAAGGGACUCAUGGUGCCACCCCCUUCUUUGAUGAUUUGUUGAUCGCCGGGCCCACGCCAGAGGAGCUCGGGGACUGCCUCCGCACCGUCCUGCACCGUUUCCGGAUGGCAGGCCUCAAGGUGAAGCAGGAAAAGUGUCUACUAGGAGUGCCCCAGGUGGACUUUCUGGGAUUUGCGGUGGACGCAGAAGGGGUCCACCUAACCAGUGACAAGGUAUGGGCCAUUUGUGAUGCCCCAGCGCCCAAGGGCAAGACUGAACUUCAGGCCUUCUUGGGACUAUUGAACUUUUACCUCACCUUCCUUCCUCAUAAGGUGGCAGUAGCGGAGCCCCUACACAGACUCCUAGACAAGCAGGCCCCUUGGGUGUGGGGCUAGUGCCAGGAGGCCGUUUUCCAGGCAGUCAAGGACUUGCUCGUCUUGAACUCAGUCUUGGCACACUUCAACGAGAGGCUGCUGGUGGUGCUAGCAUGUGGCACCUCACCCUACGGCAUCAGUGCUGUCCUGGGACACCAACUCCCGGACGGAAGAGAGGUGCCGGUAUAUACUUUUCCCAGAUGCUCACCGCAGCCAAGGGGAACUACUCACAAAUCAACAAGGUGGGUCUGGCAAUCGUGAAGGGAGUAAAAAAAUUCCAUGAUUUCUUUCGUGUAUGGGCGACCCUUUACCAUGGUGACUGACCAGGACUGACCUUUACCAUGGUGACUAACCAUGGUAAUGAGCCAGUGUGGUGUAGUGGUUAAGAGCAGUGGACUCGUAAUCUGGUGUAUCGGGUUUGCGUCCCCGCUCCUCCACAUGCAGCUGCUGGGUGACCUUGGGCUAGUCACACUUCUCUGAAGUCUCUCAGCCCCACUCACCUCACAGAGUGUUUGUUGUGGGGGAGGAAGGGAAAGGAGAAUGUUGGCCGCUUUAAGACUCUUUAAGGGGAGUGAAAGAUGGGAUAUCAAAUCCAAACUCUUCUUCUCUUCUUCACAAGCCAUUGCUUGGCUUGUUUGCCCCCAAGAAGCAGACCCCCCUGUCGGGGAACCAGCCCACCAGGUGCGGAGGAAAGUGACGAGGAGUCAUGGGUGAAGGUUUAAGCAAGGAGUGGCUCUCUCUCCCAGCAGCCUUGCAUGUUUAUUAGCCUUGCACACAUUACAUCAUGUUGCAUAUACACGUGUAGCACUCGGGUGGAAAACAGCUAGGGUUUGCAUUUCUAAGAAUAACUAUUCUCUACCAGGACAUAACUCCAGACAGCAUGACAGCCACGUAAGCUUUGUGGUUAAGCAGCUCGACACUGACCCAGGCGGGUGGGGAAACAAGUCAGCAGAUGUUUCCUCUUGCACAAUCUUGCACAAGGGUGCUAUUUUUCUGGUGCACCCCCACACCCCCCCAAGUGCUGUCUCCCUGCAUCCUCAGGUGGUCAAUUUUCCUCACCAGAUACCAGUAUGCCCUGAUCCACCACCCUGGGAAGGGAUUGGUCACGCAGACGCCCUCAGCUGCCUACCACUACCAGAAACAGGCCCUGACCCAGCGCCCGUGCAAGAGGUUAUGAGCCUGGAGCUGCUUCCUGACCGCCCCAUUCAGGCACAAGAAGUUGCAGACCAUUCCAUGAAAGAUAGGGUCAUCUCCUGGGUCCUGGACUGUGUGUGGAGGGGAUGGCCCAGCAGCAGCCCCAGGCCAGAAUUCACUGGCUACACAACCUGCAAACAUGAACUAUCAGCCCACAAGGGGUUCCUGUUAUGGGGAAGCAGGAUUGCCAUUCCCCAGCCCCUCUGCAAAAGGGUCCUCACAGCCCUACACGAGACACACCCAGGGGUAGUGAGAAUGAAGGCCUGUGCCAGGAAUUAUGUGUGGUGGCCGGGGAUCAAUGGAGAGAUACAGGCCUGGGUCAAACACUGCCAGACCUGCCAAGAAUCCCACCUGGAUUCCCCAAGGGCCCCAGCCCAGUCCUGGGAGUCCCCCCAAGCACUAUGGCCAUGCCUGCACGUGGACUUCGCUGGCCCCUUCCAGGGGGAAACGUACUUCAUAGUGGUGGACUCCUACACCAGAUGGUUGGAGGUUGCACUGGUACUGUCCACUUCCACGUCUGCUGUGCACCUCCCUUUGUAUUCAGUAGCUCUUAGAAGUAAUGCUUACACCCAGGUUUACACACCGUUUUCAGAACAAACGUAGGAAUGUGUUGUAUUUUUAAAGUAUCCCAAGGCUCUUUGUUGAUGCUGCAAGAUUAACAGGGCAACGUCUCUGGAAAUAAAUGAAGUACUAUAGUACCUUAAGGUUAAGGGGAGAUAUGAUAGCCAUGUUCAAAUAUAUAAAAGGAUGUCACAUAGAGGAGGGAGAAAGGUUGUUUUCUGCUGCUCCAGAGAAGCGGACACGGAGCAAUGGAUCCAAACUACAAGAAAGAAGAUUCCACCUAAACCUUAGGAAGAACUUCCUGACAGUAAGAGCUGUUCGACAGUGGAAUUUGCUGCCAAGGAGUGUGGUGGAGUCUCCUUCUUUGGAGGUCUUUAAGCAGAGGCUUGACAACCAUAUGUCAGGAGUGCUCUGAUGGUGUUUCCUGCUUGGCAGGGGGUUGGACUCGAUGGCCCUUGUGGUCUCUUCCAACUCUAUGAUUCUAUGAUUCUAUGAUUCUAUGAUUCUACCUUAUUGCUCACUGAAGCAUGGAUUUAAGAUACUACAAAACCAAAAGGAAGACGAUUUUCCUUGAUUUUUAUUAACCUCCUCUUUGCUUUCCUCUUUGCAAAGGGCUUGGAGGACUUUUAACAUGCCUCCAGAAUAAGGCCAUUGCUGACUUCUCACGCACACCAUGGCCUGCCAAAAUGAAGCAGAAGCAGAGAGAGAAAGAAUGCAAACUGCCAUAAGUCUCACCUUUCCCCAGGGAUGCCAUUUCCAUGAGAAUUGGGCCCUCCCAUCCCUGUGAAUAGUUAGGGAAAACAUGAGAUGGAGCUGCCUGCUGCCAUGUCUAGUUUGGUCCUGGCAUUGGCUCUUGGUGGCAAGGCCAGUUUUGGUGCCACUUCUCAGUGGAUUCCAUGUGACCUGUGUAUCAUGUGGAUGAGAAUGGUUAUCUCCUUCCAGGAUGUAAGGGCAGUCUGUCAGCCAGGCUUCUCUUCCUCCUGA